UAACCGAACAAACUGCCACUCGGCCCCGCCCACCUCCAGACCGGAAAUACAGUCAGAACCGGGACCAGGACCGACCGGAAACAGAACCAAGACCGGACUGUGAAACCCGGGACCAGAACAGCAAUGCAGGAGGACGCCGUGUAUCUAAAGCGGUAAUAAAAUAAUAUCAUCAAUAUCAACAAACCAAGCUUUAUUAACAAUGACAGAGAUAACAGACACUAUAACCACUGACUGGGGAUACAGCCAGCUUUAUAUACCGAGACCAGAGUCACAGCAUAGGCCGGCUCUAUAUAAAUACCAAUAAUAAUAUCAAUACACCAAGCUUUAUUAAUACUGACAGUGAGACACUAUAACCACUGACUGGGGAUACAGCCAGCUUUAUAUACCGAGACCAGAGUCACAGCAUAGGCUGGCUCUAUAUAAAUACCAAUAAUAAUAUCAAUACACCAAGCUUUAUUAAUACUGACAGUGAGACACUAUAACCACUGACUGGGGAUACAGCCAGCUUUAUAUACCGAGACCAGAGUCACAGCAUAGGCUGGCUCUAUAUAAAUACCAAUAAUAAUAUCAAUACACCAAGCUUUAUUAAUACUGACAGUGAGACACUAUAACCACUGACUGGGGAUACAGCCAGCUUUAUAUACCGAGACCAGAGUCACAGCAUAGGCUGGCUCUAUAUAAAUACCAAUAAUAAUAUCAAUACACCAAGCUUUAUUAAUACUGACAGUGAGACACUAUAACCACUGACUGGGGAUACAGCCAGCUUUAUAUACCGAGACCAGAGUCACAGCAUAGGCUGGCUCUAUAUAAAUACCAAUAAUAAUAUCAAUACACCAAGCUUUAUUAAUACUGACAGUGAGACACUAUAACCACUGACUGGGGAUACAGCCAGCUUUAUAUACCGAGACCAGAGUCACAGCAUAGGCCGGCUCUAUAUAAAUACCAAUAAUAAUAUCAAUACACCAAGCUUUAUUAAUACUGACAGUGAGACACUAUAACCACUGACUGGGGAUACAGCCAGCUUUAUAUACCGAGACCAGAGUCACAGCAUAGGCCGGCUCUAUAUAAAUACCAAUAAUAAUAUCAAUACACCAAGCUUUAUUAAUACUGACAGUGAGACACUAUAACCACUGACUGGGGGAUACAGCCAGCUUUAUAUACCGAGACCAGAGUCACAGCAUAGGCUGGCUCUAUAUAAAUACCAAUAAUAAUAUCAAUACACCAAGCUUUAUUAAUACUGACAGUGAGACACUAUAACCACUGACUGGGGAUACAGCCAGCUUUAUAUACCGAGACCAGAGUCACAGCAUAGGCUGGCUCUAUAUAAAUACCAAUAAUAAUAUCAAUACACCAAGCUUUAUUAAUACUGACAGUGAUAACAGACACUAUAACCACUGACUGGGGAUACAGCCAGCUUUAUAUACCGAGACCAGAGUCACAGCAUAGGCCGGCUCUAUAUAAAUACCAAUAAUAAUAUCAAUACACCAAGCUUUAUUAAUACUGACAGUGAUAAGACACUAUAACCACUGACUGGGGAUACAGCCAGCUUUAUAUACCGAGACCAGAGUCACAGCAUAGGCCGGCUCUAUAUAAAUACCAAUAAUAAUAUCAAUACACCAAGCUUUAUUAAUACUGACAGUGAGAUACUAUAACCACUGACUGGGGAUACAGCCAGCUUUAUAUACCGAGACCAGAGUCACAGCAUAGGCUGGCUCUAUAUAAAUACCAAUAAUAAUAUCAAUACACCAAGCUUUAUUAAUACUGACAGUGAUAACAGACACUAUAACCACUGACUGGGAUACAGCCAGCUUUAUAUACCGAGACCAGAGUCACAGCAUAGGCCGGCUCUAUAUAAAUACCAAUAAUAAUAUCAAUACACCAAGCUUUAUUAAUACUGAAAGUGAGACACUAUAACCACUGACUGGGGAUACAGCCAGCUUUAUAUACCGAGACCAGAGUCACAGCAUAGGCCGGCUCUAUAUAAAUACCAAUAAUAAUAUCAAUACACCACGCUUUACUAAUACUGACAGUGAUAACAGACACUAUAACCACUGACUGGGGAUACAGCCAGCUUUAUAUACCGAGACCAGAGUCACAGCAUAGGCUGGCUCUAUAUAAAUACCAAUAAUAAUAUCAAUACACCAAGCUUUAUUAAUACUGACAGUGAGACACUAUAACCACUGACUGGGGAUACAGCCAGCUUUAUAUACCGAGACCAGAGUCACAGCAUAGGCUGGCUCUAUAUAAAUACCAAUAAUAAUAUCAAUACACCAAGCUUUAUUAAUACUGACAGUGAGACACUAUAACCACUGACUGGGGAUACAGCCAGCUUUAUAUAACGAGACCAGAGUCACAGCAUAGGCCGGCUCUAUAUAAAUACCAAUAAUAAUAUCAAUACACCAAGCUUUAUUAAUACUGACAGUGAGACACUAUAACCACUGACUGGGGAUACAGCCAGCUUUAUAUACCGAGACCAGAGUCACAGCAUAGGCUGGCUCUAUAUAAAUACCAAUAAUAAUAAUAUCAAUACACCAAGCUUUAUUAAUACUGACAGUGAGACACUAUAACCACUGACUGGGGAUACAGCCAGCUUUAUAUACCGAGACCAGAGUCACAGCAUAGGCUGGCUCUAUAUAAAUACCAAUAAUAAUAUCAAUACACCAAGCUUUAUUAAUACUGACAGUGAGACACUAACCACUGACUGGGGAUACAGCCAGCUUUAUAUACAGAGACCAGAGUCACAGCAUAGGCUGGCUCUAUAUAAAUACCAAUAAUAAUAUCAAUACACCAAGCUUUAUUAAUACUGACAGUGAUAACAGACACUAUAACCACUGACUGGGGAUACAGCCAGCUUUAUAUACCGAGACCAGAGUCACAGCAUAGGCCGGCUCUAUAUAAAUACCAAUAAUAAUAUCAAUACACCAAGCUUUAUUAAUACUGACAGUGAUAAGACACUAUAACCACUGACUGGGGAUACAGCCAGCUUUAUAUACCGAGACCAGAGUCACAGCAUAGGCCGGCUCUAUAUAAAUACCAAUAAUAAUAUCAAUACACCAAGCUUUAUUAAUACUGACAGUGAGAUACUAUAACCACUGACUGGGGAUACAGCCAGCUUUAUAUACCGAGACCAGAGUCACAGCAUAGGCUGGCUCUAUAUAAAUACCAAUAAUAAUAUCAAUACACCAAGCUUUAUUAAUACUGACAGUGAUAACAGACACUAUAACCACUGACUGGGAUACAGCCAGCUUUAUAUACCGAGACCAGAGUCACAGCAUAGGCCGGCUCUAUAUAAAUACCAAUAAUAAUAUCAAUACACCAAGCUUUAUUAGCUUUUGACGGUGAAGCUAGACACUAUAACCACUGAUUGGGGGAUACAGUAACUUUACAUAUACACGAGACCAGAAUGCAUAGGCUGGCUCUAUAAAUACAAUAAUAAUAUCAAUACACAAGCAUUAAUACUGACGAGUGAUAACAGACACUAUAACCACUGAUUGGGGAUACAGCCAGCUUUUAUAUAUACGAGACCAGAGUCACAGCAUGGGCUGAAACCCUAUAUAAAUACCAAUAAUAAUAUCAAUACACAAGCUUUAUUAAUACUGACAGUGAGACACGCUGCAACCACUAUUUCCAGGGAUACAACCAGCUUUAUAUACCGAGACCAGAGUCACAGCAUAGGCUGGCUCUAUAUAAAUACCAAUAAUAAUAUCAAUACACCAAGCUUUAUUAAUACUGACAGUGAGACACUAUAACCACUGACUGAGGAUACAGCCAGCUUUAUAUACCGAGACCAGAGUCACAGCAUAGGCCGGCUCUAUAUAAAUACCAAUAAUAAUAUCAAUACACCAAGCUUUAUUAAUACUGACAGUGAUAACAGACACUAUAACCACUGACUGGGGAUACAGCCAGCUUUAUAUACCGAGACCAGAGUCACAGCAUAGGCUGGCUCUAUAUAAAUACCAAUAAUAAUAUCAAUACACCAAGCUUUAUUAAUACUGACAGUGAUAACAGACACUAUAACCACUGACUGGGGAUACAGCCAGCUUUAUAUACCGAGACCAGAGUCACAGCAUAGGCUGGCUCUAUAUAAAUACCAAUAAUAAUAUCAAUACACCAAGCUUUAGUAAUACUGACAGUGAGACACUAUAACCACUGACUGGGGAUACAGCCAGCUUUAUAUACCGAGACCAGAGUCACAGCAUAGGCUGGCUCUAUAUAAAUACCAAUAAUAAUAUCCAUACACCAAGCUUUAUUAAUACUGACAGUGAUAACAGACACUAUAACCACUGACUGGGGAUACAGCCAGCUUUAUAUACCGAGACCAGAGUCACAGCAUAGGCUGGCUCUAUAUAAAUACCAAUAAUAAUAUCAAUACACCAAGCUUUAUUAAUACUGACAGUGAGACACUAUAACCACUGACUGGGGAUACAGCCAACUUUAUAUACCGAGACCAGAGUCACAGCAUAGGCUGGCUCUAUAUAAAUACCAAUAAUAAUAUCAAUACACCAAGCUUUAUUAAUACUGACAGUGAGACACUAUAACCACUGACUGGGGAUACAGACAGCUUUAUAUACCGAGACCAGAGUCACAGCAUAGGCUGGCUCUAUAUAAAUACCAAUAAUAAUAUCAAUACACCAAGCUUUAUUAAUACUGACAGUGAGACACUAUAACCACUGACUGGGGAUACAGCCAGCUUUAUAUAACGAGACCAGAGUCACAGCAUAGGCUGGCUCUAUAUAAAUACCAAUAAUAAUAUCAAUACACCAAGCUUUAUUAAUACUGACAGUGAGACACUAUAACCACUGACUGGGAUACAGCCAGCUUUAUAUACCGAGACCAGAGUCACAGCAUAGGCCGGCUCUAUAUAAAUACCAAUAAUAAUAUCAAUACACCAAGCUUUAUUAAUACUGACAGUGAGACACUAUAACCACUGACUGGGGGUACAGCCAGCUUUAUAUACCGAGACCAGAGUCACAGCAUAGGCUGGCUCUAUAUAAAUACCAAUAAUAAUAUCAAUACACCAAGCUUUAUUAAUACUGACAGUAAGACACUAUAACCACUGACUGGGGAUACAGCCAGCUUUAUAUACCGAGACCAGAGUCACAGCAUAGGCUGGCUCUAUAUAAAUACCAAUAAUAAUAUCAAUACGCCAAGCUUUAUUAAUACUGACAGUGAGACACUAUAACCACUGACUGGGGAUACAGCCAGCUUUAUAUACCGAGACCAGAGUCACAGCAUAGGCCGGCUCUAUAUAAAUACCAAUAAUAAUAUCAAUACACCAAGCUUUAUUAAUACUGACAGUGAGACACUAUAACCACUGACUAGGGAUACAGCCAGCUUUAUAUACCGAGACCAGAGUCACAGCAUAGGCCGGCUCUAUAUAAAUACCAAUAAUAAUAUCAAUACACCAAGCUUUAUUAAUACUGACAGACACUAUAACCACUGAUCGGGGAUACAGCCAGUUUUAUAUACCGAAAAUCAGAGCUCCAUUGUAUUGGCUCUAUAUAAAUACCAAUAAUAAUAAUAAUAUCAAUACACCAAGCUUUAUUAAUACUGACAGUGAGACACUAUAACCACUGACUGGGGAUACAGGCAGCUUUAUAUACCGAGACCAGAGUCACAGCAUAGGCUGGCUCUAUAUAAAUACCAAUAAUAAUAUCAAUACACCAAGCUUUAUUAAUACUGACAGUGAGACACUAACCACUGACUGGGGAUACAGCCAGCUUUAUAUACAGAGACCAGAGUCACAGCAUAGGCUGGCUCUAUAUAAAUACCAAUAAUAAUAUCAACACACCAAGCUUUAUUAAUACUCGACAGUACACCAGACACUAUAACCAUCGAUCAGAUACAGCCAGCUUCGAGAUAACGAGACCAGAGUCACAGCAUAGGCUGGCUCUAUAUAACACCACAAUAUCAUCACACCAAGCUUUAUUAAUACUGACAGAGACACCAUAACCACUGACUGGGAUACAGCCAGCUUUAUAUACCGAGACCAGAGUCACAGCAUAGGCUGGCUCUAUAUAAAUACCAAUAAUAAUAUCAAUACACCAAGCUUUAUCAAUACUGACAGUGAGACACUAUAACCACUGACUGGGGAUACAGCCAGCUUUAUAUACCGAGACCAGAGUCACAGCAUAGGCCGGCUCUAUAUAAAUACCAAUAAUAAUAUCAAUACACCAAGCUUUAUUAAUACUGACAGUGAUAACAGACACUAUAACCACUGACUGGGGAUACAGCCAGCUUUAUAUACCGAGACCAGAGUCAAAGCAUAGGCCGGCUCUAUAUAAAUACCAAUAAUAAUAUCAAUACACCAAGCUUUAUUAAUACUGACAGUGAGACACUAUAACCACUGACUGGGGAUACAGCCAGCUUUAUAUACCGAGACCAGAGUCACAGCAUAGGCUGGCUCUAUAUAAAUACCAAUAAUAAUAUCAAUACACCAAGCUUUAUUAAUACUGACAGUGAGACACUAUAACCACUGACUGGGGAUACAGCCAGCUUUAUAUACCGAGACCAGAGUCACAGCAUAGGCUGGCUCUAUAUAAAUACCAAUAAUAAUAUCAAUACACCAAGCUUUAUUAAUACUGACAGUGAGACACUAUAACCACUGACUGGGGAUACAGCCAGCUUUAUAUACCGAGACCAGAGUCACAGCAUAGGCUGGCUCUAUAUAAAUACCAAUAAUAAUAUCAAUACACCAAGCUUUAUUAAUACUGACAGUGAGACACUAUAACCACAGACUGGGGAUACAGCCAGCUUUAUAUACCGAGACCAGAGUCACAGCAUAGGCUGGCUCUAUAUAAAUACCAAUAAUAAUAUCAAUACACCAAGCUUUAUUAAUACUGACAGAGAGACACUAUAACCACUGACUGGGGAUACAGCCAGCUUUAUAUCCCGAGACCAGAGUCACAGCAUAGGCUGGCUCUAUAUAAAUACCAAUAAUAAUAUCAAUACACCAAGCUUUAUUAAUACUGACAGUGAGACACUAUAACCACUGACUGGGGAUACAGCCAGCUUUAUAUACCGAGACCAGAGUCACAGCAUAGGCUGGCUCUAUAUAAAUACCAAUAAUAAUAUCAAUACACCAAGCUUUAUUAAUACUGACAGUGAGACACUAUAACCACUGACUGGGGAUACAGCCAGCUUUAUAUACCGAGACCAGAGUCACAGCAUAGGCCGGCUCUAUAUAAAUACCAAUAAUAAUAUCAAUACACCAAGCUUUAUUAAUACUGACAGUGAUAACAGACACUAUAACCACUGACUGGGGAUACAGCCAGCUUUAUAUACCGAGACCAGAGUCACAGCAUAGGCCGGCUCUAUAUAAAUACCAAUAAUAAUAUCAAUACACCAAGCUUUAUUAAUACUGACAGUGAUAACAGACACUAUAACCACUGACUGGGGAUACAGCCAGCUUUAUAUACCGAGACCAGAGUCAAAGCAUAGGCCGGCUCUAUAUAAAUACCAAUAAUAAUAUCAAUACACCAAGCUUUAUUAAUACUGACAGUGAGACACUAUAACCACUGACUGGGGAUACAGCCAGCUUUAUAUACCGAGACCAGAGUCACAGCAUAGGCUGGCUCUAUAUAAAUACCAAUAAUAAUAUCAAUACACAAAGCUUUAUUAAUACUGACAGUGAGACACUAUAACCACUGACUGGGGAUACAGCCAGCUUUAUAUACCGAGACCAGAGUCACCGCAUAGGCUGGCUCUAUAUAAAUACCAAUAAUAAUAUCAAUACACCAAGCUUUAUUAAUACUGACAGUGAGACACUAUAACCACUGACUGGGGAUACAGCCAACUUUAUAUACCGAGACCAGAGUCACAGCAUAGGCUGGCUCUAUAUAAAUACCAAUAAUAAUAUCAAUACACCAAGCUUUAUUAAUACUGACAGUGAGACACUAUAACCACUGACUGGGGAUACAGCCAGCUUUACAUACCGAGACCAGAGUCACAGCAUAGGCCGGCUCUAUAUAAAUACCAAUAAUAAUAUCAAUACACCAAGCUUUAUUAAUACUGACAGUGAGACACUAUAACCACUGACUGGGGAUACAGCCAGCUUUAUAUACCGAGACCAGAGUCACAGCAUAGACUGGCUCUAUAUAAAUACCAAUAAUAUCAAUACACCAAGCUUUAUUAAUACUGACAGUGAUAACAGACACUAUAACCACUGACUGGGGAUACAGCCAGCUUUAUAUACCGAGACCAGAGUCACAGCAUAGGCUGGCUCUAUAUAAAUACCAAUAAUAAUAUCAAUACACCAAGCUUUAUUAAUACUGACGGUGAGACACUAUAACCACUGACUGGGGAUACAGCCAGCUUUAUAUACCGAGACCAGAGUCACAGCAUAGGCCGGCUCUAUAUAAAUACCAAUAAUAAUAUCAAUACACCAAGCUUUAUUAAUACUGACAGUGAGACACUAUAACCACUGACUGGGGAUACAGCCAGCUUUAUAUACCGAGACCAGAGUCACAGCAUAGGCUGGCUCUAUAUAAAUACCAAUAAUAUUAUCAAUACACCAAGCUUUAUUAAUACUGACAGUGAGACACUAUAACCACUGACUGGGGAUACAGCCAGCUUUAUAUACCGAGACCAGAGUCACAGCAUAGGCCGGCUCUAUAUAAAUACCAAUAAUAAUAUCAAUACACCAAGCUUUAUUAAUACUGACAGUGAUAACAGACAAUAUAACCACUGACUGGGGAUACAGCCAGCUUUAUAUACCGAGACCAGAGUCACAGCAUAGGCUGGCUCUAUAUAAAUACCAAUAAUAAUAUCAAUACACCAAGCUUUAUUAAUACUGACAGUGAUAACAGACACUAUAACCACUGACUGGGGAUUAAGAAACAGCUUUAUAUAAAUCGAGUAUCAGCAUUAGGCUGGCUCUAUAUAAAUACCAAUACACAUCAAUACUUUAUUAAUUAGACAGUGAGACACUAUAACCACUGACUGGGGGUACAGCCAGCUUUAUAUACCGAGACCAGAGUCACAGCAUAGGCUGGCUCUAUAUAAAUACCAAUAAUAAUAUCAAUACACCAAGCUUUAUUAAUACUGACAGUAAGACACUAUAACCACUGACUGGGGAUACAGCCAGCUUUAUAUACCGAGACCAGAGUCACAGCAUAGGCUGGCUCUAUAUAAAUACCAAUAAUAAUAUCAAUACACCAAGCUUUAUUAAUACUGACGGUGAGACACUAUAACCACUGACUGGGGAUACAGCCAGCUUUAUAUACCGAGACCAGAGUCACAGCAUAGGCCGGCUCUAUAUAAAUACCAAUAAUAAUAUCAAUACACUAAGCUUUAUUAAUACUGACAGUGAGACACUAUAACCACUGACUGGGGAUACAGCCAGCUUUAUAUACCGAGACCAGAGUCACAGCAUAGGCUGGCUCUAUAUAAAUACCAAUAAUAAUAUCAAUACACCAAGCUUUAUUAAUACUGACAGUGAGACACUAUAACCACUGACUGGGGUUACAGCCAGCUUUAUAUACCGAGACCAGAGUCACAGCAUAGGCUGGCUCUAUAUAAAUACCAAUAAUAAUAUCAAUACACCAAGCUUUAUUAAUACUGACAGUGAGACACUAUAACCACUGACUGGGGAUACAGCCAGCUUUAUAUAUAUACCGAGACCAGAGUCACAGCAUAGGCCGGCUCUAUAUAAAUACCAAUAAUAAUAUCAAUACACCAAGCUUUAUUAAUACUGACAGUGAGACACUAUAACCACUGACUGGGGAUACAGCCAGCUUUAUAUACCGAGACCAGAGUCACAGCAUAGGCUGGCUUUAUAUAAAUACCAAUAAUAAUAAUAAUAAUAAUAAUAUCAAUACACCAAGCUUUAUUAAUACUGACAGUGAGACACUAUAACCACUGACUGGGAUACAGCCAGCUUUAUAUACCGAGACCAGAGUCACAGCAUAGGCUGGCUCUAUAUAAAUACCAAUAAUAAUAUCAAUACACCAAGCUUUAUUAAUACUGACAGUGAUAACAGACACUAUAACCACUGACUGGGGAUACAGCCAGCUUUAUAUACCGAGACCAGAGUCACAGCAUAGGCUGGCUCUAUAUAAAUACCAAUAAUAAUAUCAAUACACCAAGCUUUAUUAAUACUGACAGUGAGACACUAUAACCACUGACUGGGGAUACAGCCAGCUUUAUAUACCGAGACCAGAGUCACAGCAUAGGCUGGCUCUAUAUAAAUACCAAUAAUAAUAUCAAUACACCAAGCUUUAUUAAUACUGACAGUCAGACACUAUAACCACUGACUGGGAUACAGCCAGCUUUAUAUACCGAGACCAGAGUCACAGCAUAGGCUGGCUCUAUAUAAAUACCAAUAAUAAUAUCAAUACACCAAGCUUUAUUAAUACUGACAGUGAGACACUAUAACCACUGACUGGGGAUACAGCCAGCUUUAUACACCGAGACCAGAGUCACAGCAUAGGCUGGCUCUAUAUAAAUACCAAUAAUAAUAUCAAUACACCAAGCUUUAUUAAUACUGACAGUGAGACACUAUAACCACUGACUGGGGAUACAGCCAGCUUUAUAUACCGAGACCAGAGUCACAGCAUAGGCCGGCUCUAUAUAAAUACCAAUAAUAAUAUCAAUACACCAAGCUUUAUUAAUACUGACAGUGAUAACAGACACUAUAACCACUGACUGGGGAUACAGCCAGCUUUAUAUACCGAGACCAGAGUCACAGCAUAGGCUGGCUCUAUAUAAAUACCAAUAAUAAUAUCAAUACACCAAGCUUUAUUAAUACUGACAGUGAUAACAGACACUAUAACCACUGACUGGGGAUACAGCCAGCUUUAUAUACCGAGACCAGAGUCACAGCAUAGGCUGGCUCUAUAUAAAUACCAAUAAUAAUAUCAAUACACCAAGCUUUAAUAAUACUGACAGUGAGACACUAUAACCACUGACUGGGGAUACAGCCAGCUUUAUAUACCGAGACCAGAGUCACAGCAUAGGCUGGCUCUAUAUAAAUACCAAUAAUAAUAUCAAUACACCGAGCUUUAUUAAUACUGACAGUGAGACACUAUAACCACUGACUGGGGAUACAGCCAGCUUUAUAUACCGAGACCAGAGUCACAGCAUAGGCUGGCUCUAUAUAAAUACACCAAGCUUUAUUAAUACUGACAGUGAGACACUAUAACCACUGACUGGGGAUACAGCCAGCUUUAUAUACCGAGACCGGAGUCACAGCAUAGGCUGGCUCUAUAUAAAUACCAAUAAUAAUAUCAAUACACCAAGCUUUAUUAAUACUGACAGUGAGACACUAUAACCACUGACUGGGGAUACAGCCAACUUUAUAUACCGAGACCAGAGUCACAGCAUAGGCUGGCUCUAUAUAAAUACCAAUAAUAAUAUCAAUACACCAAGCUUUAUUAAUACUGACAGUGAGACACUAUAACCACUGACUGGGGAUACAGCCAGCUUUAUAUACCGAGACCAGAGUCACAGCAUAGGCUGGCUCUAUAUAAAUACCAAUAAUAAUAUCAAUACACCAAGCUUUAUUAAUACUGACAGUGAGACACUAUAACCACUGACUGGGGAUACAGCCAGCUUUAUAUACCGAGACCAGAGUCACAGCAUAGGCCGGCUCUAUAUAAAUACCAAUAAUAAUAUCAAUACACCAAGCUUUAUUAAUACUGACAGUGAGACACUAUAACCACUGACUGGGGAUACAGCCAGCUUUAUAUACCGAGACCAGAGUCACAGCAUAGGCCGGCUCUAUAUAAAUACCAAUAAUAAUAUCAAUACACCAAGCUUUAUUAAUACUGACAGUGAGACACUAUAACCACUGACUGGGGAUACAGCCAGCUUUAUAUACCGAGACCAGAGUCACAGCAUAGGCCGGCUCUAUAUAAAUACACCAAGCUUUAUUAAUACUGACAGAGACACUAUAACCACUGACUGGGGAUACAGCCAGCUUUAUAUACCGAGACCAGAGUCACAGCAUAGGCUGGCUCUAUAUAAAUACCAAUAAUAAUAUCAAUACACCAAGCUUUAUUAAUACUGACAGUGAUAACAGACACUAUAACCACUGACUGGGAUACAGCCAGCUUUAUAUACCGAGACCAGAGUCACAGCAUAGGCCGGCUCUAUAUAAAUACCAAUAAUAAUAUCAAUACACCAAGCUUUAUUAAUACUGACAGUGAUAACAGACAAUAUAACCACUGACUGGGGAUACAGCCAGCAUUAUAUACCGAGACCAGAGUCACAUAGGCGGCUCUAUAUAAUACCAACCAGCCAAUAUCUACACCCAAGCUUUAUUGUACUGACGGUGAGACACUAUAACCACUGACUGCUGGGGAUGCAACCGACUUUAUAUACGAGACCAGAGUCGAUCACAGCAUAGGCGUAUAUAAAUACCAAUAAUAAUAUCAAUACACCAAGCUUUAUUAAUACUGACAGUGAGACACUAUAACCACUGACUGGGGAUACAGCCAGCUUUAUAUACCGAGACCAGAGUCACAGCAUAGGCUGGCUCUAUAUAAAUACCAAUAAUAAUAUCAAUACACCAAGCUUGAUUAAUACUGACAGUGAGACACUAUAACCACUGACUGGGGAUACAGCCAGCUUUAUAUACCGAGACCAGAGUCACAGCAUAGGCUGGCUCUAUAUAAAUACCAAUAAUAAUAAUAUCAAUACACCAAGCUUUAUUAAUACUGACAGUGAUACACUAUAACCACUGACUGGGGAUACAGCCAGCUUUAUAUACCGAGACCAGAGUCACAGCAUAGGCCGGCUCUAUAUAAAUACCAAUAAUAAUAUCAAUACACCAAGCUUUAUUAAUACUGACAGUGAUAACAGACACUAUAACCACUGACUGGGGAUACAGCCAGCUUUAUAUACCGAGACCAGAGUCAAAGCAUAGGCCGGCUCUAUAUAAAUACCAAUAAUAAUAUCAAUACACCAAGCUUUAUUAAUACUGACAGUGAGACACUAUAACCACUGACUGGGGAUACAGCCAGCUUUAUAUACCGAGACCAGAGUCACAGCAUAGGCUGGCUCUAUAUAAAUACCAAUAAUAAUAUCAAUAAUAAUAUCAAUACACCAAGCUUUAUUAAUACUGACAGUGAGACAAUAUAACCACUGACUGGGGAUACAGCCAGCUUUAUAUACCGAGACCAGAGUCACAGCAUAGGCCGGCUCUAUAUAAAUACCAAUAAUAAUAUCAAUACACCACGCUUUACUAAUACUGACAGUGAUAACAGACACUAUAACCACUGACUGGGGAUACAGCCAGCUUUAUAUACCGAGACCAGAGUCACAGCAUAGGCUGGCUCUAUAUAAAUACCAAUAAUAAUAUCAAUACACCAAGCUUUAUUAAUACUGACAGUGAGACACUAUAACCACUGACUGGGAUACAGCCAGCUUUAUAUACCGAGACCAGAGUCACAGCAUAGGCUGGCUCUAUAUAAAUACCAAUAAUAAUAUCAAUACACCAAGCUUUAUUAAUACUGACAGUGAUAACAGACACUAUAACCACUGACUGGGAUACAGCCAGCUUUAUAUACCGAGACCAGAGUCACAGCAUAGGCUGGCUCUAUAUAAAUACCAAUAAUAAUAUCAAUACACCAAGCUUUAUUAAUACUGACAGUGAGACACUAUAACCACUGACUGGGAUACAGCCAGCUUUAUAUACCGAGACCAGAGUCACAGCAUAGGCUGGCUCUAUAUAAAUACCAAUAAUAAUAUCAAUACACCAAGCUUUAUUAAUACUGACAGUGAUAACAGACACUAUAACCACUGACUGGGGAUACAGCCAGCUUUAUAUACCGAGACCAGAGUCACAGCAUAGGCCGGCUCUAUAUAAAUACCAAUAAUAAUAUCAAUACACCAAGCUUUAUUAAUACUGACAGUGAGACACUAUAACCACUGACUGGGAUACAGCCAGCUUUAUAUACCGAGACCAGAGUCACAGCAUAGGCUGGCUCUAUAUAAAUACCAAUAAUAAUAUCAAUACCCCAGGCUUUAUUAAUACUGACAGUGAGACACUAUAACCACUGACUGGGGAUACAGCCAGCUUUAUAUACCGAGACCAGAGUCACAGCAUAGGCUGGCUCUAUAUAAAUACCAAUAAUAAUAUCAAUACACCAAGCUUUAUUAAUACUGACAGUGAUAACAGACACUAUAACCACUGACUGGGGAUACAGCCAGCUUUAUAUACCGAGACCAGAGUCACAGCAUAGGCUGGCUCUGUAUAAAUACCAAUAAUAUCAGCCGCAAGCUUUAGUAAGCUACUUACGGCGAGUGAUACACUAUAUAACACUGACUGGGGAUACGGCCACAGCUUUUAUAUACCACGAGACCAGAGUCACAGCAUAGGCGGCUCUAUAUAAAUACCAAUAAUAAUAUCAAUACCAAGAAACUUUUAUUAAUACGGCAGUGGGGCGCUAUAACCUGACUGGGGAUACAGCAGCUUAUAUACGAAAGACCGAGAGUGCAACGCCAGAGCGGCUCUAUAUAAAUACCAAUAAUAAUAUCAAUACACCAAGCUUUAUUAAUACUGACAGUGAGACACUAUAACCACUGACUGGGGAUACAGCCAGCUUUAUAUACCGAGACCAGAGUCACAGCAUAGGCUGGCUCUAUAUAAAUACCAAUAAUAAUAUCAAUACACCAAGCUUUAUUAAUACUGACAGUGAGACACUAUAACCACUGACUGGGGAUACAACCAGCUUUAUAUACCGAGACCAGAGUCACAGCAUAGGCCGGCUCUAUAUAAAUACCAAUAAUAAUAUCAAUACACCAAGCUUUAUUAAUACUGACAGUGAGACACUAUAACCACUGACUGGGGAUACAGCCAGCUUUAUAUACCGAGACCAGAGACACAGCAUAGGCUGGCUCUAUAUAAAUACCAAUAAUAAUAUCAAUACACCAAGCUUUAUUAAUACUGACAGUGAGACACUAUAACCACUGACUGGGGAUACAGCCAGCUUUAUAUACCGAGACCAGAGUCACAGCAUAGGCUGGCUCUAUAUAAAUACCAAUAAUAAUAUCAAUACACCAAGCUUUAUUAAUACUGACAGUGAGACUAUAACCACUGACUGGGGAUACAGCCAGCUUUAUAUACCGAGACCAGAGUCACAGCAUAGGCCGGCUCUAUAUAAAUACCAAUAAUAAUAUCAAUACACCAAGCUUUAUUAAUACUGACAGUGAGACACUAUAACCACUGACUGGGAUACAGCCAGCUUUAUAUACCGAGACCAGAGUCACAGCAUAGGCUGGCUCUAUAUAAAUACCAAUAAUAAUAUCAAUACACCAAGCUUUAUUAAUACUGACAGUGAGACACUAUAACCACUGACUGGGGAUACAGCCAGCUUUAUAUACCGAGACCAGAGUCACAGCAUAGGCCGGCUCUAUAUAAAUACCAAUAAUAAUAUCAAUACACCAAGCUUUAUUAAUACUGACAGUGAGACACUAUAACCACUGACUGGGGAUACAGCCAGCUUUAUAUACCGAGACCAGAGUCACAGCAUAGGCUGGCUCUAUAUAAAUACCAAUAAUAAUAUCAAUACACCAAGCUUUAUUAAUACUGACAGUGAGACACUAUAACCACUGACUGGGGAUACAGCCAGCUUUAUAUACCGAGACCAGAGUCACAGCAUAGGCUGGCUCUAUAUAAAUACCAAUAAUUAUAAUAUCAAUACACCAAGCUUUAUUAAUACUGACAGUGAGACACUAUAACCACUGACUGGGGAUACAGCCAGCUUUAUAUACCGAGACCAGAGUCACAGCAUAGGCCGGCUCUACAUAAAUACCAAUAAUAAUAUCAAUACACCAAGCUUUAUUAAUACUGACAGUGAGACACUAUAACCACUGACUGGGGAUACAGCCAGCUUUAUAUACCGAGACCAGAGUCACAGCAUAGGCUGGCUCUAUAUAAAUACCAAUAAUAAUAUCAAUACACCAAGCUUUAUUAAUACUGACAGAGAGACACUAUAACCACUGACUGGGGAUACAGCCAGCUUUAUAUACCGAGACCAGAGUCACAGCAUAGGCUGGCUCUAUAUAAAUACCAAUAAUAAUAUCAAUACACCAAGCUUUAUUAAUACUGACAGUGAGACACUAUAACCACUGACUGGGGAUACAGCCAGCUUUAUAUACCGAGACCAGAGUCACAGCAUAGGCUGGCUCUAUAUAAAUACCAAUAAUAAUAUCAAUACACCAAGCUUUAUUAAUACUGACAGUGAGACACUAUAUCCACUGACUGGGGAUACAGCCAGCUUUAUAUACCGAGACCAGAGUCACAGCAUAGGCUGGCUCUAUAUAAAUACCAAUAAUAAUAUCAAUACACCAAGCUUUAUUAAUACUGACAGUGAGACACUAUAACCACUGACUGGGGAUACAGCCAGCUUUAUAUACCGAGACCAGAGUCACAGCAUAGGCCGGCUCUAUAUAAAUACCAAUAAUAAUAUCAACACACCAAGCUUUAUUAAUACUGACAGUGAGACACUAUAACCACUGACUGGGGAUACAGCCAGCUUUAUAUACCGAGACCAGAGUCACAGCAUAGGCUGGCUCUAUAUAAAUACCAAUAAUAAUAUCAAUACACCAAGCUUUAUUAAUACUGACAGUGAGACACUAUAACCACUUACUGGGGAUACAGCCAGCUUUAUAUACCGAGACCAGAGUCACAGCAUAGGCUGGCUCUAUAUAAAUACCAAUAAUAUCAAUACACCAAGCUUUAUUAAUACUGACAGUGAUACACUAUAACCACUGACUGGGGAUACAGCCAGCUUUAUAUACCGAGACCAGAGUCACAGCAUAGGCUGGCUCUAUAUAAAUACCAAUAAUAAUAUCAAUACACCAAGCUUUAUUAAUACUGACAGUGAGACACUAUAACCACUGACUGGGGAUACAGCCAGCUUUAUAUACCGAGACCAGAGUCACAGCAUAGGCCGGCUCUAUAUAAAUACACCAAGCUUUAUUAAUACUGACAGAGACACUAUAACCACUGACUGGGGAUACAGCCAGCUUUAUAUACCGAGACCAGAGUCACAGCAUAGGCUGGCUCUAUAUAAAUACCAAUAAUAAUAUCAAUACACCAAGGCUGGCUCUAUAUAAAUACCAAUAAUAAUAUCAAUACACCAAGCUUUAUUAAUACUGACAGUGAUAACAGACAUUAUCAUUAUUAUUCAGUGGCGAGGCUGGUUCCGCCAUGUUUGGGAGGGUAUCUUACUAUAGAAGUGUCAGGGUCUUACCUGGGUUGGGAGUCUGUAGCGCAGAUAUGUUGCUCACCCUUGCAGAUUGCCACAGGCCAAGGUGGUCAGGUACGGUGGGUCUGUACACGGGGGCUGUGCAGGAUUAAGUACCAAGUCGCAGGACAGGCAAGGACUCAAACAGCAGGAUCAUCAAGGUGUAGCCGAAGUCAAGGGAUGCCAGAGUAAACGUAGUCAGAAGCCGGGGUCAAUAACAAGUAGCAGCUCAAACGACAGGAACACUGGUACACAACAGGAUCAAAGACUUGAUGCUGAUCAUCGGGCGAGGCUGAGUUUAAAUACCCUGCUAAUGUCUGAUCAGGGUCAGGUGAAGCACAUCCAAAGUCAAGGUUCAGCCCCCAGAGUAAUAGACAUGCCAGGAAGAACAGGACCAGACUGACUUGUGGAUUACAAGAACUUCUGUGGCUUAGAGGUAGGAAGCAGGACCAGGACUGCAAAGUUCUUUGGUUCAAAUCUCUUGUUGGGAACCAUGUCUGGCCGUCUGUCUGCUGCGGUGAGAACCGUGACAAGGCGAUAUAAGUAAGUCUUGUUUUGGAGGUUAAGGGUCAGGUAUCUUACUAUAGGGGGUGUAAGGAAGGUCUCCAGCUUUUUAAUGUGCUGUUUGUCAAACUGUUACGAAGUCGUUUGACUCAUUAAAUUGUUGGGGUUAUCAGGGCACUCUUGUAACCAUAAACAUUGCAGUUCGAUGUUGCAUCCUUUUAAGCAUGAAUAACUUAUUCUAAAGAUAUAAGGGACUUGUUUGAAUUUCUGCCUGCGUCCUCAUUUUCCAGCACUUGUUAAUCCAUUGCGAAUCAUGAUAUUGAGGCGCUAACCCCAUUCUUGAGUCCCUUAUAGAAUUCUGUUAAAGAUUGGAAAUGUGAAUAGCGUGUUUGUCUGUCGACAGCUUCUGAUACGAUCUAAACCUGAUUUAACGUCGCCUGCCUGGCAGCCAAAUGAAAGAUGUCGUUUUAUAAAGGAUCGUCCAGCUGUCAGCGUUUCGCACUGUAUCGCAGCAAACACACGAUCAGUGCAUUAUAACUUCUUCACACGUCAACAUAUAUGUAACGUGACGACUUGCAGACGCUCUCUCUGAGCAUACUGUGUAACUGAUAUAAAUCCCACAUUCUGGAUAAUGGGGGUUUUAUUAUUUGCAAACUGUGCCCUCCAUUCUAUUUUUUUAAAUAUGUCUUUAAAAUGAUUUAAAAAAACAAAAUGUUUAUAUAUUAUAAAUAAGUUCAUCCACCAUCUUUUCAGAAACUUUCAUGGCCUCCCAGAGUAACGUCUAUUUCACAAACCUGUCUACUGCUCUGUCUUAAAGGGCCACUCUCCCCUCCAGUGAGGGAUAUUUCUCGAUCUACCUUCCCACCAUGUUGUUUGGUAGUUAUCCCCCUCGUUGCCCCACCUCCUUUUAGACUGUAAGCUCUUCUGAGCAGGAUCCUCAUCAACCUAUUGUUCCUGUAACCGUUUGCAAUCCUCUCAUUUAUUGUUAAAUGUCCCUUUUAUAAUAUUAUAAAGUGCUGUGGAAUAAGUGGGCACUUCUUAAAUGUGGUAUAUUUUAGUAUUUUGAAAACCACUAUUUGAAAUAUUGUUUUUCAAAAAUUAUUUAAAUCAUUUGAGAAACUACCAAAAACACGAUAAAUUGAGGCCUAUAUGAGCUACUCUGAGCCUUGGGAAGCCCCACAUUAUUUGAGGUGUUACAGCUGAUGGGUGUGGGACGGGGAUUAAUGUGGUGAGAUUCCCAGACUGGGGGGAAAUGGUGAGUCGUCUGGGAUCAGGUCCGAGAUCGAGGAGCCAGUAAAGGCUUUGAAGAGACCAUCCGAGGGGGAAAAUACCAAUAUCUUCUAACCUACAAUUCAGGUAUUGGGAUUCUGAGUGCUCUCUGGGCUUUUAUUAUAAUGGUCAAAGUAAGUGUGCCGUUCACAUAGCACCACACCAUCAAGGGUUUCUGGAGUUUUUCCCCAGUAUCCUGACCCCAGGGAAUUAUCUCUGAGUGCAGCCUACUGCACUCACGCCGAUAUCCACUCCAUUACUACGUGAUCUACCAGUGUGCGCAUUGAGUGGACGUUUCUUGAUUUGGGUCCUUCGGUCUGUAGACAUUUAAUCCGUUCUCUGUAUAUGUAUUAAUUCACUUCAUUUCUUUGCAGCAAAGUAAAAGGCGGUAACAUAGAUGUCCAUCCGAGUGAGAAAGCCCUCGUGGUCAACUAUGAAGUGGAAGCCACCAUCCUCGGGGAGAUGGGAGACCCAAUGCUUGGCGAGCGCAAAGGCUGUCAGAAAAUGUACGUUCAAGUUUUAGAUUUUUCUAUGAAAAAACUUUUGUUGUUGAGUUGAUUAAAUGAUCCAAGCUGGCUCUGGGGAAAUUCCAGUCUGACAUUAAUUUGCUGAAUGCCUUAUUGCGGUCAAGGUGUAACCAGAUCAUGUACGCUAUUGUAAUGCGCACGUUUUGCAAUUCAGAUUUAAAUUGAAGGGACACUCUAAGCACCCCACCUAGUACAGAGUGAUGCAGUAGUUAUGGUUACUCUUGCUUUAGCAAUGGCUGGGGUUGACCAGUUAAACCACGUAUAUGUAAACCAUUCAACAAUGGCCUGGCUGCUAUGUGUGGGGUGACUUCAGGGCGCUGCGCUGGGAAUGGUGGUUAAAUUGAUCUUGUAUCUAUAAAUCAACAUCUAUUGAAUAAACAUGUGUGAGCGGGUAUUACUGAUUCCCAUAUCCCAGGCGUGUGGGAGCGGGUAUUACUGAUUCCCAUAUCCCAGACGUGUGUGAGCGGGUAUUAUUGGUUCCCAUAUCCCAGGCGUUGUGAGCGGGUAUUAUUGGUUCCCAUAUCCCAGGCGUGUUUGAGCGGGUAUUACUGAUCACCAUAUCCCAGACGUGUGUGAGCGAUUAUUAAUCGUUCCCAUAUCCCAGACGUGUGUGAGCGGGUAUUACUGAUUCCCAUAUCCCAGACGUGUGUGAGCGGGUAUUAUUGGUUCCCAUAUCCCAGGCGUGUGUGAGCGGGUAUUACUGAUUCCCAUAUCCCAGACGUGUGUGAGCGGGUAUUACUGAUUCCCAUAUCCCAGACGUGUGUGAGCGGGUAUUAUUGAUUCCCAUAUCCCAGACGUGUGUGAGCGGGUAUUACUGAUUCCCAAAUCCUAGACGUGUGGGAGCGGGUAUUACUGAUUCCCAUAUCCCAGACGUGUGUGAGCGGGUAUUACUGAUUCCCAUAUCCCAGACGUGUGUGAGCGGGUAUUACUGAUUCCCAUAUCCCAGACGUGUGUGAGUGGGUAUUACUGAUUCCCAUAUCCCAGACGUGUGUGAGCGGGUAUUACUGAUUCCCAUAUCCCAGACGUGUGUGAGCGGGUAUUACUGAUUCCCAUAUCCCAGGCGUGUGAGAGCGGGUAUUACUGAUUCCCAUAUCCCAGGCGUGUGUGAGCGGGUAUUAUCGAUUCCCAUAUCCCAGACGUGUGUGAGCGGGUAUUACUGAUUCCCAUAUCCCAGACGUGUGUGAGCGGGUAUUACUGAUUCCCAUAUCCCAGACGUGUGUGAGCGGGUAUUAUCCCAUAUCCCAGGCGUUGUGAGCGGGUAUUACUGGUUCCCAUAUCCCAGGCGUGUGAGAGCGGGUAUUACUGAUUCCCAUAUCCCAGACGUGUGUGGUAUUAUUGAUUCCCAUAUCCCAGACGUGUGUGAGCGGGUAUUACUGAUUCCCAUAUCCCAGACGUGUGUGAGCGGGUAUUACUGAUUCCCAUAUCCCAGACGUGUGGAGCGGGUAUUAUUGGUUCCCAUAUCCCAGGCGUUGUGAGCGGGUAUUAUUGAUUCCCAUAUCCCAGACGUGUGUGAGCGGGUAUUACUGAUUCCCAUAUCCCAUAUCCCAGACGUGUGUGAGCGGGUAUUAUUGAUUCCCAUAUCCCAGACGUGUGUGAGCGGGUAUUAUUGAUUCCCAUAUCCCAGACGUGUGUGAGCGGGUAUUACUGAUUCCCAUAUCCCAGGCGUGUGUGAGCGGGUAUUACUGAUUCCCAUAUCCCAGACGUGUGGAGCGGGUAUUAUUGAUUCCCAUAUCCCAGACGUGUGUGAGCGGGUAUUACUGAUUCCCAUAUCCCAGGCGUGUGUGAGCGGGUAUUACUGAUUCCCAUAUCCCAGACGUGUGUGAGCGGGUAUUACUGAUUCCCAUAUCCCAGGCGUGUGUGAGCGGGUAUUACUGAUUCCCAUAUCCCAGGCGUUGUGAGCGGGUAUUACUGAUUCCCAUAUCCCAGGCGUGUGUGAGCGGGUAUUAUUGAUUCCGAUGGCUAUGUGCCAGAUGUGAGGGUAGGUAUUGCUUUAGAUCAGGACAUACAGGACUAUUGCAGAAACUAGCGCACUCUGUUGUUGCUGUGAUGAUGAGGACGGCAAAAUGUCUGUAGGCGGAAUCUCCUGCUCUCUGACAGCCAUUGUGGGUAGAGACCUCUAUGAUUAGUGUAGAGGUCAGUGCUAAGAAUUGAUGUACUGUUGCAGAAGGGACACAUUUUUAAAGUGCUUUCAUUUAAAAUAAACACAUCUUACAGCAUGUCUGCUAAUGUAACAUUCCUUUAAUCCUAAUUUAUACAGUGGGUUAAUGGUGAUCCAGUUUAUUUUGGCGUAUAAUUCGAGAUAGCGAUACAAGCGAUAUAUUUGAGCGCACAUAUUGAUGAAGUUGCUUCAUUUAUUUUUACCUUCUUGUUUUUAUAUCCAGCAUUCGGCUGAAAAGUCUCAAUGCCAACACUGAUAUUGCGUCAUUGGCACGCAAAGUGGUUGAAGAAUGCAAGCUCAUCCACCCAUCUAAACUGUCCGAAGUGGAGCAGCUCCUCUACUACCUUCAGAAUCGACAGGAUGGGGUUUCUGGAAAAGGUAAGACUUUAUCUUUAAAUAUGAGUCCAUUCUCUAAAUGGGGAAUUUGCUACAGCAAAUGUGAUCUACUGUUUAGUUCAGUUAAUCUUUUUGUGAUUUUCUGAUCAUAUAAGAGAGAGAGAGAUGUAUCUGACUUUAAAACUACCGGUAGUCUGUCACCGUCUGGGUUCUUUGCAUAUCUUCCAAAGAACUCCAAUGGUAACGUGGCUGCUUCCGAUGCCAUGGCCUGUGAGUCUAGGGAUCUCCAUCCGCUGGAUCCGCGUGGGCUCCUGGUGGUUAAUCCCCUGAGCCAGGAGCAUGCGUGAGACUGCAACACUGAUGUAUAUGGAGGAUAGAUUGCCGUUGUGACUGCAAAAGGACUUUUAUUACUUUGAACUGUGUUCGAGACUUUUAAAAUGGCCGUAUCGCUUAUUGUUAGGCUAUGAGAACAAGACAAUCGGUUCACGAACAAUAUCCACAGUCCUGUUCAGGGAACUGACUAAAUACUGAAUGAGAGACCACACCGUUGAGGUCAUGUGUCUCUCAUUAACAAGGUGCAACAAUGUUUCAAGUGCUGUUAAUAGGUUUUUGUGGGUGGCCGCUGUUCGUAUGCCGAACACGUGGCGGCUGCCAUCUUUGUUGGUAAAAGUUCAGCGGUGUUUGGUCGUCGAGUGCUUGGAACUGAAAUCAGCUACUUGAUUUCCAAACACCGCUGGACUUCCAGAGCGUUCGGGAGAUCCGCUCUUUCGGUAGAUUGGAGCCCUUCGUGAGUUCUCCUUUUUCAGUAUCAGUAAACUCAAAAAAAUAAAUCAUGUGGCAUUCGGUUAUUUCUGCAGGAAUCUGAGCGGUAAUUCGUGAGAUUGUACCCUCAGAUCCCCGCAGUCUAAUGAGGGGAUCAAUCGUGGAAAUCUGUAAGAAAUUGCAUGAGUUAUAGAUUUUUUUUUAUUUUUUUUUGACAAUCUUUAUUUUGCGUUUUCAUAAACAGAGAAAUACAGAAAGAAGAGCACAAUAGCUUUGAGUCAAUAUCACAAUCCAAGUGUACAUUAAAGUAUCACAUAAAUGUUGCUUUUAUAUUACAGUGCUAUCUAUACAACAGUAGUGAAGUACAUCCCAUUUGACUUCCUUAUAUCUUAUUAUUCUUAUUAUAUGUUUUUGACAUUCUUCAGUUAUCAGUUAUUGUCCAAGGGAAGUGGGGGUGUGUGUGAGAAUGGGAAAAGGAGAUUAGUCAGGGGUAGGGGAGUCGCCUUAACCAAAGCGAACUCCAAGGGUGGCAAUAUCCGCACUUUCAGUUUUGUCCUUCUUUUGGCUUUUUGCAGUUAUCUAUAUUGUAUCGGCAUGAAUAGAGUUUGUUUGUGUGUCGCUCAUAUCGAGUGCAGUGAUUCUCGUCCACGUUUGAGUCGGUCAGCCUCUUUUGUAUGGUUUCUGCGCCUGUCGAGUGUGGUCAUCUUGGCAGGGGGGGUGUCAAUGUGUGGAUCUUACGGGCAAGAGUGCCUAUACUGCUAAUCGUACUGCGGUGCCCCCCACAUAUAGGUCUGCGGGCAUCUUGGGUGACUUAGGCGUGUGUAGUACUAUAGUCUGAGUAUGUGGGCCUUUGUCUGUUGACCCCUCCAUCACCUGCUUGGGUUGUGGCGUCUGUGCGGUAGUCUGUCGUGGCAUGCCGGUCCUGUUCUAUAUCUAAAUUUGAGUUAGCUUGGCCCAGCAAUGUCCGGAUAGGUGGGGGGCGUAGAUGAGGGAGAGGAGGAGAGAGUAAGAAGGGGAGAGAGAAAGGAAGGGGGUAUAUAUAUCUUAAUAGGAAGAGGUGUGUUGAGUAGCUGGGGGGGAGAGGGGAAAAGGGUGGCAGGUGUUUUAGGUUACAGUUCUGUCCGCAGCAAUGUACAGGAGCCAGGGGGUCCAUGUCAGGUUACAUUUUUCCGUGCGGCCUUGGAUGUCUGCCGUCAUGCUUUCCAUAGAACGAAUUUCUCCUACUCUGUCUACCCACUGUUGAAAGGUGGGGGUAGCCGUUUGUUUCCACAUUGUGGGUAUCAGGGAUUUCGCUGCCGUCAGUAGAUGUUUCGUUAAUGAUUUCUUAUAGGUCUUUAGUGUCAUGGUCGUGUGGUGUAGUAGCAUGGGGAGGGGCUGGAGCGGGAGUUCCGGGUCUGAUAUUUCGAGGAUUUUGGCAUUUACCAUUUCCCAGAAGGGGGUGAUGGAUGAGCAUGUCCACCAGACAUGGAGCAUGGUGCCUUUCUCUCUUCUGCACCGCCAACAUGUAUCCUCUAUAUUCGGGUUCAUGCGAUGUAGCACAUCAGGUGUUCUGUACCAAGUUGUUAACAGCUUGUAGCUCAUCUCUUGAAAUUUUGAGCUAAUAGAGCAUUUGUGAGUGAGUAGAAAUAUCUUGUCCCAGUCCUGGGUCGUCAGGGAUUCUCCGGUUUCUCUUUCCCAUCUGGUGAUGAAUUUCGGGGGCGGCUCAUGUCUCCCACCGAUAAGCAUUGCGUAUAGGGUCGAAAUCCCCCGUUCCAUGUGCCGUCUACUUGCGCAAAGUGUUUCAAAGUGCGUAAGAUCACGGUGAAAUUGUUGUUUGGCUACCGUGGUUGAGUAGUAUGACUUGACCUGCAGGUAUUGGAACCGGUCUAGGACCGUGGGGAUUGUGUCAGGGAGCAAUUCCGUCAGGGUUUUGAGGGUACCAUUUUCGCACCAUUGGCGCAUGUAAAUCCAGUCUGAUCUUGAGAAGCUUUGUAGUUCCCCUGGCAUCAUUCCACCUCCCACUUCAGGGUUACAUGAGAUGGGCGUUAGUGGAGUUAUAGAUUUUAAUGUGAAAUCCUGUAUUUUCCUGUAACCACUGUUAAUCCAAUUAUCUGUACUUGCUGAUGUCAUCACUGUCCCUGUACAGCAGGGGAUGCUGGGAAACGACCCUGCACGGUGAUUAAACCCCGUACAGUGAAAAUCCUAUACAUUCGGUGCUGUUUCAAUAAAGCCCUCAGUUGACUCCCAGACUGUGUGUCGUCUCGUCAUUGGGGCUACCUGUGUUCUGUAUGCUGAUUCCUGGUUACCAGCGGAAUGAUCGUGGAUUAACCCUUGCUACUCCGCUACAGCCGUUACUAGUGAUAGCCGGGGGGGGGGAUUAACAAAACAUGACCGUGCUAGUUCUGCUUUUUGUCAGGUGUAGUAAAAAUACAUAAUACAAGAGUAGUCGUCUUCUAUCUUUUGACUGUCGGAAUAUCCGUGGGAGUGAGAGAACUGCUUUAACAAACUAGCCGAAGCUCCGCUCAAUGAAAACUAAAUUCACUCGGCCGAUCUGUCGUCAUAUGGGGUGGGAAUAAUAAAACGUCCAUUUAGGAGAUAUCAGACGGCUGUUAUUGAAAGAGAAUGAAAACAAGCAAAGUAAUUCACUAAAACAGGAAUUCUAAUUUAAGGCCAGACUAGUCGAACUAGAAGCUUGGCUGUCUUGGAGAAUGUUUCCAGUUCGUCAAUCAUUCGCUUUAAUGAAUAUAUAUUUUGUUUAGAUUUCUUCCGAACCCGUGCUUUCAUUUUGUACCUCAGUUAGCGUGAAUUUUCCGAUGACAUGUCGCCAUUUUGAUAAGAUCAUUUUAUUAGAAUAAAACGAAAUGACCCGCAGUAAAUCAAACUGGCAGCAAUUUAAAGGUUAAACAUUAUUUCUUUUUUCUUUUUUUUUUAAAUAAAUCUAAUGCUUAAAAAAAUGCCUUAAUAUUUCAUGAAUGCAAAAGCCCCUCGAAAAUCUUAAUCCUUUUUUUUCUUUCUUUCUGUUUUUUAAUUGUUCAAUGUUGUCAUUUUAUCUUUUUACUCGGAAAGCAUCUGGAAGUGCUUUCCGCUGAAAUAUUCUGUGUGAAAACGUGCCAUUUUCUUUCGGUUUGCUAAAUUGCUGUCUCUGUGUGUUCCAGCUUUAUCCUCCCUUAACACACCGAAGUGCAAAGUAUUUCUUCAUUAAGACCCAGUGUGUUUUACAAAGCCAUUUUAUUUUUUUACACGUCGCCCCAGCUUAAUAUAACUCCGUGUUUCAUUUCCUGCUCGCUAUCAUUCAGUCCGUUUUCUGACAAUAUAUCUAGUGUUAGGUGCGGCCGAAACAAUAGCGGGCUCACAGAAACUGCAUUUUUGGUUAAGAUGAGUUUGAACGAAUGCUACACGGUGUCACUCUGAAUCAGCAGCAAUAAAGUGGAGAAAAGAAGAAAUGUACGCUCACUACAAAAACGUUAAGCUAUCCGAUAAUGAAAAAAAAAAUCUAAGCUUUUCUGUAAAACGACUGACAAAAAAGGCAAACGCUCAAUCCAAACAAGAGACAAGUUUAGAAAAAUAAGCUUAAAUUGUUUGAACUUCUCUGGUUGUUUUAAUAUUUUUAAAAUAAAUUAAUAUUUACAGUGAGCUAUGUGGCGUUUUAAGGUGCAAGGCGGUGAAGUCACAAACUAUAUACGGAUGUCUUAGGAUGCCUGACCAUGUCUGUCCUAACCACUAUGCUUGGGUGUCAUUGUAUCAGAGGUGGUUCUCUGAUUUGGUAAUUUCAUACUCUGCCAGACCUAUCCAUUACGUCAUUCCCAAGCUGGUAUCUAAGCUGACUCUGAGCUUAUUGGGGUAAUGACUUCAAGCCCAUCUGUUAAUGCUGUUAAAAGUCCUCUGCUCUCCUAACCUGUACAUCCCAACAUGGAGGCUCUGAGAUGGGUUGGAGAUCUCUAAAGGAGCGUCGCCUCUGAUGUGACUCACAGAAGGAGCCUGCCUGGCUGGCCCCCAGCCUCCAGGACCUUGCACAGAGUAGUGCUGAAAUGCUCGAUGCCGGGCCUAGUGUCCUUCACAAUACAUGUCUAAUGAUUUGCUAGCACUGUGCUGAACAAAAUCAGGAGAGGACACAGAAAUCGGGACUCGUUAAGCAAAUUAGCAGCAUGUACUGGGUUGAGGAAUUGCUGAUCGGUUAAGGCGGCACUAUCACCAGCUGGAGACUUUGCAGAAUAGACCCUCAACUGUGUCAUCAUUGGUGGGGGUUCGGUGGCCGGGGGGAGCAGGUAAAGUUCUACUUACCACCAUCGUUCGUAUUAAGGUCUAUGGGGGAUCUUGCAAGACAGUAAGAUUCUUCAUAGACAGAGCCAAUUCCUGGCUCGGCGGGAUUGACACUUGUAGACAUUGCUAGCUCCGCCCAGUGCCUAGAAUGGUCAGGUGUAUUAAAUAGAUCCAAUUCCCGGCUGGGUGGGAUUGACACUUGUAGAUGUUGCUAGCUCCGCCCAAUGCCUAGAACGGUCAGGUGUAUUAAAUAGAGCCAAUUCCAGGCUGGGCGGGAUUGACACUUGUAGAUGUUGCUAGCUCCGCCCAGUGCCUAGAACGGUCAGGUGUAUUAAAGGACCACUCUAGGCACCCAGACCACUUCAGCUUAAUGAAGUGAUCUGGGUGCCAGGUCCAGCUAGGGUUAACCCAUUUUUUCAUAAACAUAGCAGUUUCAGAGAAACUGCUAUGUUUAUGAAUGGGUUAAGCCUUCCCCCUAUCCUCUAGUGGCUGUCUCAUUGACAGCCACUAGAGGCGCUUAUGCGUUCUCACUGUGAUUUUUACAGUGAGAGCACGAGCGUCCAUAGGAAAGCAUUGUAAAUGCUUUCCUAGCGCGAUAGGCUGAAUGCGCAAGCAGCUCUUGCCGCGCAUUCAGCCGGGCGGGCGGAUCGGAGGCGGAGAGGAGGAGGAGAGCUCUCCCCAGCGCUGAAAAGGUGUUACCCCUUUCCCCCUUCCAGAGCCGGGCGGGAGGGGGUCCCUGAGGGUGGGGGCACCCUCAGGGCACUAUAGUGCCAGGAAAACGAGUAUGUUUUCCUGGCACUAUAGUGGUCCUUUAAAUAGAGCUAAUUCAGGCUGGGCGGGAUUGACACUUGUAGGCGUUGCUAACUCCGCCCAGUGCCUAGAAGUGUCAGGUGUAUUAAAUAGAGCUAAUUCAGGCUGGGCGGGAUUGACACUUGUAGGCGUUGCUAACUCCGCCCAGUGCCUAGAAGUGUCAGGUGUAUUAAAUAGACAGAGCCAAUUCCCUGCUGGGUGGGAUUGACACUUGUAGACUGUGAUGAGACCAAUCUCGCCACUGUGCAUUGGAGGAGCCUGGUUGCCUGCCUGCUGCCUUUUGACUAUGGACCGGCAUUUAAAUACUUUAUUUUCCUAUGCAGAAAGGUCUAUUCAUGUAUUUCUGCCCGGGCGUUCGGUAGAUUUUAUCUACCGAACAAACAGCCGUCUAUUGGCCUCCCAGGAGCCGCGGUUAGCUGGCAGGCGCCGUUAAUUGGCCGCCCAGAAGCCGGCGUGUGCCGUCAAUUGACCGCAACUUAAUUGACUAUACCGUGUAGCCGCUGCUACGCAUACUGAACACUGGAUGGCAGCAGUCUGCAGUUCACACGUGGCCGGUUCAUUCACGGAUUUACUGAAUGAACUCAUUUAACCCAGAUAGCUAUGCCAUGGAGCCUAUUCGUGUAAUAAAAGACUUUGGCUCAAUGGCAAUUGAACUGUAUGUGUGUGCUCUGAGCGCCAUUCAGUAUUAAUGUGCGCUCAGACCUAAACAAUCUGGGGAAAUGUUGCAUGUCUGUAUUUUAUGUAAUAAAUGUAACCUUGUGUAUUUUAUUGUAUUUUACUGUCUUUUUACGGCCAUGUGCUUAAUGGAGUUUUGCCUCUGUCCUUGGAGAUAAUUUGAUUACUUCCCAAUUAUCUCCAGGAGAGGAGGGAUUGUGAUGUCACUGUGGGAGUGUUUGACUGUGUUGUAUGUGAUUGGCUACUGUAUCCUUUUGGUCACAGUCUUCCAUCUGGUCCCCAGGUGGGAGACCUGCAUAAAUACUGGGCAGGUAGCCCUGAAUAAACCAGACCACUGCUUGACCCCCUCAACACGGAGCUCUGUCUCAUCUUUGGGGGGAUUUACUGUAUGCUGUUAGAGACUGAUUGCCAGGAGUGUAAGCCACUUGGGUGCUUUUCCUGUUCGUCUGCUAGCAGCUAUUCGUGAGGUUUCAGUUCGGGAGUUUGGUGUUCUGCGGUAGCUGUGCCUGUGAAGAUCUUUAUCUAAACGGCGGUUUAACCACUUUUAUGCCUUGGAAUGCCGUUACCUAGACGCUGCUAACUCCGCUCAGUGCGUUGAAGUGUCAGGUGUAUUAAAUAGACAGAGCCAAUUCCUGGCUGGGCGGGAUUGACACUUGUAGACGUUGCUAACUCCGCCCAGUGCGUUGGAGUGUCAGGUGUAUUAAAUAGAGCCAACUCCGGGGUUGGAGUUUCACUGGAAUACCAACACAGUAAAAAUUUGUAUUUCAUAAAGAUUCUAUCUCUUUAAAUACUCAUGAUUUCAGCGGGGGUGACCGUGUAGCUUUAAUUUCAAAUUACAGGGUUUUUUAAAGUAGUAAAUAGGUGUGUGUGUGUGUGUGUGUUCGUUCUGUUUUUAAAAAAACUUUUUUUAAAUGGGAUGUAGGCAUUCCAGCAUAAAACCUCUUUUUAUUUAUUAUAAAGAUAAAGCAGGCUUCAAAGCACUUGGCUGCUUGGGUGAAAACCCUUUUUGCCCUGACAUAUCGAUAGAUCCCUGAUUGACGUUAGUCCUGUGUCCAUGGUGUGGUGGUCGCUUUAGAAUCUGAUGUUAAAUGUGGGAACCCCUUCAAUGAUUUCGGAGGAAUGCUUCCUAGUCAACCCAGUCAGUGUCAUUUGCUAACUAUUUUAUUAAAUUAUAACUGACCUGCAUCAGCAACUGUCCAGUUUAUCUACCUCGUUUGUCAACUACAAUGUUUUAACGGAUCGCCUGGCACCCAGACUGGGUACCUCCGUUAUUGGAUGCUCCUAGUGCUUCCCGAGGGCUCCAAGCACUCCAGCCAACACCAUAACCACCAUAGACUCCUAAGAAUGGGACAAGCUCUUAAAAGAGCUUAGUAGUGAUUUAGCAAGACAGUAUGCCUAGAAUAGCAAUCCCUUGUAGUAAUAUCGCAAUUCCCCCAAUAAGAGACAGGGCUCUAGAUUGAGGGUGAAGAAGAACUGAAGCUUUUAAUCAGACACUCUGCUUUUAUGCACAUUUUGUACACAUAGUACUGCCCACAGGGUUUUGCAAAACAACCAAUCAACACGUACAAUACUCUUAGACACUCCCAGCAAUUACACACAAAAUCCUCCCCUCUGCCUGUGAUACAAUUAUCUCAACACAAUAGACUAACUUAAUUAUCACAGGCAGAAAAUAUACAGUUUUUACAAAAUAUUAAUAACUUCCAAAAUAUACAUGCCAUUCACAUACAUACAUACAUACAUACAUACAUUUACAGAAUCAGCAUACUUUAAACAUAAACAUACUCAAAAAUCAUACAAAUCCCUCCAGUAUUUAAAAAGUUAACUGGGAGUCCUUUAUAAACGACCGCACACACAUUUUCAUGCCCAAAAGUGUUCCAUAAAUUUGGGCUGUGCGGUCUGUCAAUUUUACACUGAGAAAAUGACUAAGUCCCAUUCGAACAAGCGUUCGAAUCUUCAAACGGGACUUCGUCUCCAGCCGCAGUGUCGAAGUAGAGUAGAAGGUACGGGUCAGCAGUGUUCGUGCAAUUGGGUAGCCGAAAACUGUUCCAUAGAUUUGGCUGCACACACCGCGUUCGAAUGAGUUAAAAUGGCCGCGGCCACUUCGACUACUUAGGCUGUAUCCGAAGUGCCAAUUUAAAGUUGCAAUACUGCUCCGAAGUAAUUAAAAACAAUCAGUUCCUUAACCCCUUAAGGACACAUGACAUGAAGUUUGGUCCUUAAGGGGUUAAAGGACAAUACAUCCUAGGGCCAUAGUCACAGGGCAGGAGGCUGGCAAACAGGCCCCUCCAAAAAACAGUGGCGAGGUCACUUUUGCCACAAAUGUCAUUCGCCUUCGUCCGUCACUGGGCAAGUUAUCUCCUUGACCGUUUUUUGAGAGUGAUAUAAUUGACCGUAGGAUUUUUAUUUAUGAAAGUACCGUAAAGGAACACUAACAUUAAGGAUACAAACAUGUUUUCUAACACUACUAGACCAGCUAUUUAGAUUAUUGAACCCUCCCCUGUAUCCAUUGAAUAAAGAGAUUUACUAACCUUAUAUACCCCACUGUGCCGAAGGAGGCGGGCGAGCCUGGGCUUAAGAUUUACUGCAUUUAUAUAAUUCUUAAAAAUCUUCAUAUUGACAGCAAAUGAGCCAACAUGGGUUUCAGACCAUGAACAAAUAGAUGACCUUUGAUCCUAAUAUUUCCUUUUCUUUGACAGAAAAAAAAGAAAAGACUUCCGCCAAACCGAAGGACCCUCCACCCUUUGAAGGCACCGAGGUAAGCCAGAAGGCCAUGUCCAGGGCUGCCUUUCGAAAUGGGAACGCAAAAAUAUGCCCAUGAGUUCUGUUUUGUUAAUACUUUUUGGCACACGGCUGUCAUGUACCUGGGUCUUGACAUGGUCUCACUGCCCAUUUCACUGUUUACAUUAUUUUAUUCUAUCCCAUCAUUCAGCAUCAUAAGAUGGAGCAUCUAAAUGCCAAGGAAAUUGACGAGAAGUUGAAAUGUCAGACCAUCAACUUUUUUUGACUUGACUAAACAAAUCGAUCUUGCCAUAACCAUUUAUUUAAUUUUCCCCAGAUUGACGAAAUCGCUAAUAUUAACGAUAUGGAUGAAUACAUAGAACUUUUGUAUGAAGAUAUUGCCGAUAAAGUCCGAGGUUCAGCAUUGAUCCUGCAGUUGGCGCGUAACCCUGACAAUCUGGAAGAAUUGCUGCAUAAUGGUAAUUUAAUGUCAGUCUGCUCAGAUUAUGUACAUUCAUGUUCUCAAUACGUUGGGUGUACUCUGUUAUGGAAAAGGCACGGUCUUUUCUUUAGAAUUAAUACAAUUGGAAAAAACAUUGAGCUGCAUUGGGAAGUCUGUGAUUGGACAGCCACAGAAAGUUUGGGUGGGAUCAGAAGGGGAGGGCUUGCAAUCGCAGAAGAGAACGGAAAUUUUUUAAACACUGUGAGGCUGCAGAGGAGACACACAGCCUGGUGCCACUCGAAGUGCCCACUCAGGUCAAUGCGGCUGUGAUAGCUCUGUGUGAUUGCAAGUUAGGCUGUGCAGCAGUUGGUCAGAUAACAGUAGAGUCUAAGCCAACAUGGCUGCUCAGGCACAUAAUGUGACAUUUUAUAGAAAAAAAAAUAUAUAAAAAAGUCCAUGUAUUUCCUUUAAAAUAAUCAUUAGGUUUCUUUAAAUGUACUAGUUUUUUUAUAAAACAAGAAGUUAAAAUGUGAUGCCCGUUGUUGUGUAAUAUCAAGUUUUGACUUUAUUGUGUGUUUAUAUUGUAACCAUGACAUUGUUUUUUGUUUUGUGUCAUACAGAGACCGCACUGGGUGCGUUGGCCAGAGUACUGCGAGAAGACUGGAAGCAGAGCGUGGAGCUCGCAACCAACAUCAUUUAUAUCUACUUCUGUUUCUCCAGGUAAGAUUCCGCAACCUCCCUAAAUGUCAGUCGUAAAACGCGCCGGCCCCAACACUCUAUAAACCUGGCAAAGCAACAGAAUGUGGGAACGGAGGCUGAAAGAAAUGGUGACGCUCCUUUACCAUAGAUAUACAAACACAAGACUGAUCCAUAUGUCAUGUAGAUCCAAUCACAACCAAGUGUCUGCUUCAAUAACCCUUAAAGUAACCGGAAAAAACCUACAGGGUCCUUCGUUAUAAAACUGCAUGGCAAAAAAACAUUGAUUGACGACACUCUUUAAAAAGCAAUGAAGGAUUUCCAUAGUACAUAAAAACACACAUAAAAUCUGUCAUAUCCUCUCACACCGUGCUUCAUCUGUAUCUAACUUUACCUGGGCUGUCAGAAACCAAACAUACCUCGGUUUAUAUAAGGCAAGCGAUCUGAUCCAGAUAUUUGUCCUGCGUUCUCACCUUACCCGGGUAAAUACAGAUAUAAACACAUAGACCUCGGUUUAUAUAAGGCAAGUAUCUUCCAGAUAUUUGUCCUGGCGCUCUCCUGCCCGGAUAUAAACACAUAGACCUCGGUUUAUAUGGGCGAUCUGAUCCAGAUAUUUGUGCCUCCCACUUACCUGCAAAUGAUAUAAACACAUAGACCUCGGUUUAUAUAAGGCAAGCUUUCCAGAUAUUUGUCCUGCUUCCCACCUUACCCGUAAAUACAGAUAUAAACACAUAGACCUCGGGUUUAUAUAAGGCAAGCUGAUCUGAUCCAGAUAUUUUGUCCCGCGCUCACCUUACCUGGGUAAAUACAGAUAUAAACACAUAGACCUCGGUUUAUAUAAGGCAAGCGAUCUGAUCCAGAUAUUUGUCCUGCGUUCUCACCUUACCCGGUAAAUACAGAUAUAAACACAUAGACCUCGGUUUAUAUAAGGCAAGCGAUCUGAUCCAGAUAUUUGUCCUGCGUUCUCACCUUACCCGGGUAAAUACAGAUAUAAACACAUAGACCUCGUUUUAUAUAAGGCAAGCGAUCUGAUCCAGAUAUUUGUCCUGCGUUCUCACCUUACCCGGGUAAAUACAGAUAUAAACACAUAGACCUCGGUUUAUAUAAGGCAAGCGAUCUGAUCCAGAUAUUUGUCCUGCGUUCUCACCUUACCCGGGUAAAUACAGAUAUAAACACAUAGACCUCGUUUUAUAUAAGGCAAGCGAUCUGAUCCAGAUAUUUGUCCUGCGUUCUCACCUUACCCGGGUAAAUACAGAUAUAAACACAUAGACCUCGGUUUAUAUAAGGCAAGCGAUCUGAUCCAGAUAUUUGUCCUGCGUUCUCACCUUACCCGGGUAAAUACAGAUAUAAACACAUAGACCUCGGUUUAUAUAAGGCAAGCGAUCUGAUCCAGAUAUUUGUCCUGCGUUCUCACCUUACCCGGGUAAAUACAGAUAUAAACACAUAGACCUCGGUUUAUAUAAGGCAAGCGAUCUGAUCCAGAUAUUUGUCCUGCGUUCUCACCUUACCCGGUAAAUACAGAUAUAAACACAUAGACCUCGGUUUAUAUAAGGCAAGCGAUCUGAUCCAGAUAUUUGUCCUGCGUUCUCACCUUACCCGGGUAAAUACAGAUAUAAACACAUAGACCUCGGUUUAUAUAAGGCAAGCGAUCUGAUCCAGAUAUUUGUCCUGCGUUCUCACCUUACCCGGGUAAAUACAGAUAUAAACACAUAGACCUCGGUUUAAUAAACUCUCCAAAUGAUUUAUCUACACAAAUUCCUAUAGACUUCAUUUGGUAAUUCUGUAGAUAAACCAUUUGGAAAGCUUCCUAUUUGUGAGAAAUAGAUGACUGAAUACCAAAUAAUAUAUAAAUGUACGCAUUUCCACUCUCCACUAGCCUUUGGUGAGUGAACUCUUACCCCUUGUAGGUGUGCCACUGACCGUCCAGUAACUUUUAAGGCCAAUGUUGGCUAAUUAAUGAGACACAAUGAAAUUUAACGUUAAUUUUAUAUUCUAGUCUAAAAUAGGCAAAUGGAAAUGGUUCUUCUCACUUGAACUGAAUAAUCAUUAAUAAAAAGGGAUGUAGUGAAGCAGCGCGUUCUGUGUCCUCGAAUCUGUAAAUUGUUGAGGUAGUAUGCAAGAAAAGAGGAUAACAAUGGAAUCUAGUGCAGUAUCUUUGGAAACUGAUGAAUUCAAUUGAGUAACACCUACAAUUUCCUGGAGUUUAUGAUCCUCUCCAGAUGUAUGCGCGUGGGUGGUAUAAUAUCCACGUGUUGAUUGUCCCGAUCCUUACAGGAAGAUUCUCCAGGCCAAUCAGUUACUCUUCAUGUCAAGCGGUAAGGAAUCUUUUCUCCCAAUGUGCAGCGUUAUGGCAUUAAGAAUUCACUAGCAUAUAGGAUAAAAAUAAAACAGAAUAUAGUGCUCUCUGUGCAGCUGAGAUAAAAGUAAUAAAAGGAAUGCUCAAUCCCAUACAGCGUAGGCAGUAUCUUCCCCACCAAGGAAAUACAUGUGAAUCCUCCGGUUAAAAUGUUGAAGGAUAAAAUCAGGAAGGUCCAAGUGUAGCCAAAAAAAAAAACUAGUUUAAGACAAAAAUAAAAAAAAUACACAGCAUAAAACGCGUUUCCACAGACGGGGCUUUUUUUUUUUAGGGAAAAAAAACCCACUAUGCACUAUAUUCAGUUUUAUCCUUUUUUUUUUUUUUUUUGCAUACUACUUCAACAAUACACGGAUUUGAGGACUCUUUGAAGGCUUCUUCAAUUGCUGUCUUUUGAGUUUAGAUCCAUGAGCUACCCAAUGCAGGAAGUAACAGGACCGGGUGUAUGACAGUCUGGGGGGUGUAACCAGGUUCAUUUAUAAAAGUGAUUAUUCCUAUUGAAGACUUUUGGUAAAAAGAAAAAAGAUGACACGCAUUUUAAAAAAGCUUUUUAGCCAGAUAACGUACUUUAGGGGUCUGGAGAGUCCCUCUAAUUCUUCAAAAUGUAAGGAGAUUGCUUUCUUUGUGCAAUCGAGAAGCGUUCCAUUGACCACCAGCUGUACUGGUGGCAGAGAGAUGUUUUUUUGUUUUUUUUAAAUGUCACAUCUAUGAAGAAAGAUUAGAAUUUAUAAUUACACUUUAUUUUCCUUCUUAGUUUUUCUCAGUUCCAUGGGUUGAUCACGCAUUAUAAAAUUGGCGCACUCUGCAUGAACAUCAUUGAUCACGAGUUGAAGAGACACGAGCUUUGGCAAGAAGAAUUGUCCAAGAAGAAACGAUCCGAUAUCCUUUGUUUAACAAGAUCAGAGCAUUCAUUUCCUCUCUCCCUGGAAGUCACGCACAGUAGGCUGCACCUAUCGGAAUAUUCUGUUCCCAUAUAAUAUUGGGGGUUAAACUCCUGCUGCAGGAUAGACCCCCUAUAGACCAUAUUGAGGUGCUCCCGAUUGGUGGAGACUAUUCUUGGCCUCUUCCUUCCCUGUUAGCAUCUUAGAAGUUCUGUUUUUGUUCUUCCCCAGUUAAUAGCAUUAUUUUACCACUCUAUAACAUUUUACUCCCCACAUGAAAUGACAUUGCUUAGGGAGGUUUUACAAAAAGACCCUAAAACAAGGCUCUGGGGAAACGUCAAGGAGAAGACUUGCUGGCCUUCCUUGCAGUCUUGUGGCUUGAUGAUUAAAAUGUUAAAUACAUUGCGAGCUGCCUGUAAGCUGUUUAACUUGGGGGAAAUGUGAGAGAAAUGCCGGGUCUUUGUAAUUCUGUGUGUCCAAAAAAUCAUUUUGAAAUCUGCUUCAAACACACUGUGGGUUUUCUUACGUUCCAACGUGCGUACGCUCAUGGGUUAAGAAUCUGUCAAUCUUGCUUGCUGUGUGACAUCUUGACUUGGCCAUGUGUAACUAUGGCUUAUAUUUUACAUUGUUACAUAGUUAUCUAGUCUGGAAAAUAUGCACCUUCAGCAUGGUGAGCCUUUCGCACAUCUUCCCGCUGAUCCAAAAAAAGUGAAAUGCCCAAUUUGAAGAGAUUUCCAUCCUGACCUAAAUCUGGCCAGAAUCUGACACAAUAAAACAUAUCUUUAUUGUUCUCACAGUGAAGAACCCACUCUUCUGCUUUAAGUGAAAUCUCCUUUUUUCCUCCCAAGUGUGAGUGUCCCCGUGUCCUAUUUACAGUUUUAUUAUUGGACAGAUUAGUAGAGAACAUUUUGUAUUGGUCCUGGAUGUAUUUUUCUAAUUUACCAUAUCCCUUUGAGAUAUUUUCAGAUUUUUUUUUAGCCUUUCUUCGUAACUAAAAUCGUCCAUUCCCCUUGUCAAUUUCUGUUCCAGAAUAUCCAUGUUUCAUAUUGGGGUCUUUUAAAUUAUUCAAGAUUAUUUGUUUUUUGUCCUGUGAAUGAAUAUAUAUAUUUUUUCUUUUUCUUUUUUUUUUUUUUAAAAGCUUGGUAAUACCUUGCCUUGGUAACUGCCACCUGAUAUUGCAAAUGUUUUCUCAAUCUCAUGUCAUUCAAGUGGUUAUGGUACCUGAAGUUCCAUUGUUCCUCAUUAAACAUUUUUGAAUAGUUUCACACCAAAUUAGUUUACUAGACUGCACGCAACCCUGCCCCCGCUGGAUCUGUGGCUAAGGAGACAUUCUGCCUCAUGCCAGUAGCCACAGUGAGGGCCCGAUCUGUGGGAGGCCUUGGACCCUCACUCAGAUCUACCCUUUCUCCUAUGUCCUUAACUCUAUAACUGUACAAGUACGUGCACUGUGUAUGCAUGCCAAGUAAGACCCCCUCUGACUAGAUGGAUAUAUGAGAACCUUUGGCUACGUUCAUUUACGGUAAAAUCUGAGUAGAUCUAAUAGUAAUGCUAGCUAGCCGACGGACGGCAGUCUCUUAACCACCAUUCACAUACUCAUCUAGAACUAUGUAAUCACAGAACCAAUUCUCCUUAACUGAUCUGAUCACUUGAUGAUGAACCGGAUAAUCAGACUUUGAAAAAGGAAUAUGAGAAGACUUAUAAGAAAUACCAAGGGUUACUUGUUAAACAAGAACAGCUUCUACGAGGUGAGCUCCUCUUUACGUGGAAUCAUUUUCUGCACUAGUGGGAUUUUUCCUUAAUGUAUACUUUGCUGGUGGUAAUAAUGCCUUGCAAUUCUCUACACAGCCCCCGUGCAUUGCGGGAGCUUUAUACUUACUCACCCCAAUAAGUACUUGGAGGGGCACUCCAAUCCCCAAAUACAAAAUUAACAAAGAUCACUGUUUAGUAAAUAUUCCUGAAAUGAAGACUUAUUAUACAUUUUGUCAUUGGGAUAUAUCUACCAACAGUUUAUAAUACCUGUAGAUCUCUUGUCUGCAGCCUUUGCAAGCCCUCCCUUUCUAACCCCGCCCAGACUUUCUGUGGCUGUCCAAUCACAGACUUCCCAAUGCAGCUCAAUGAGAAGUCUUUGCAAGGCAGGAGCUCUGCUGCCUCUUAAGGUUUGCUUCACUGAGCUAAACUGUAGCGGAGAUGCAAUAUUACCCAGGUUAUCUCCGCUUAUAAUCCAAGUGAGGCUCAGGAACAAGUAAAUAGUCAAUCCACAGGCAAGGCUUCCAGCAGGUAAAAUACAGCAAUAUCCCCACAGCAAUCCCAAUAACUGGACGACACACAGUUUCAGGAGCAGAACUGAAAGCUUUAAUCCACAGUCUCCUUUUAAAGCCUGCUCCCAUGCAAGGGAGGGAUUUACACUCAUUAUUACAGUAGCCAAUCCUGUCCUGGUAACCUCCCACACAUCUCCUCCCCUCAGCCAGCAUCAUAAUCCCCUUAUCCAGUACAGUAAUUCCCCCCGUUUCUGGAUGUACCCCUAAACGUAGGGGUACCUCUUUAAAUCCUACAUCCCCGGAUACCCCUGAUCUGGGUGAACAACAUAUCCAAAAAUCACCCAGAUCAGACCAGGGGUUCGGGAAAUGUAUGGAGGGAAUAAAAUGACCGACCGCACUAACUGAGAUAGCCGAAUAAGGUUCCAUGCGAAUGGGCCCUGCGGUCGGUCCUGGCAUAAGGGAAUAAAAUACACGAAAGCCUCUAGCUAUAGAGGCUAGGGAGGGUUCGCCUGAAUCCCCUCGUUCGGUUCUUUCUAUCUACCGAACGAGGGGCCGUUCGGUAGUUAGGAACCGAACGGACCGGGCUUGUGGAGGUCUCAGCGGUGUUCGCCUACUCGAGUGUCCGAUUUGAGUUCCAGACACUCGACGGCAAAACACUGCUGUUCGGGAGUUUUAAAAUGGCCGCCGCCACGUGUUCGUUUGUCGAAUGGCGGCCACCCCCGAGAACAAAGGACGGCUACUUACUAGGCAAUUACCCGUUCGCAACAAUGUUGCAAUGGGUAAUUGAGGACACACUUCACACAGGGGGGUCUGGUUGUUCGGUAGUUUCAUUCGAAUGAACUAAGGGAAUAAAACUACCGAACAAUCAGAGGAAUACAGUUCUUUUAAACACAUAGAAAACCAGCAGAUCACACGAAUGCAGUUAUUCAAAAGACAUUUGCAGGACAGCCCAGUGCCAUCCGCUACAUAAACAAACCAGGAAGUAACAGGACUUGUUGUCUGAUUGACAGCCAGUGGGUGUAACCAGGUUCAUUUGUAAAAGUGACAAUUUCUAUUGAAAUCUGCACUUUUGUAAAAUGAAAAAAUAAGACACACUCUUCACACAUACAGCUUUUCAGCAAGUAACUUGCUUUAGGGGUCUGGAGUGUCCAUUUAUAUAGCAUCUGCUGGGUUAAGGGGUCAAAUUAAUUUUUUAAUAAACUUUGUUUGAAGCUUACAGCUUAAAGGACCUCUAUAGUGUCAGAAAAACAAACCCUUUUUCCUGACACCAUAUAAUCCUUAGGGGGGGUCCCCCUCCCUUAGGGGAUAAAACCCCUUCAGCCACUUAUCUGAAUCCAGUGCCGGGCUCCCUCUGCGCUGAUAACCUCUCCUCCCCCUCCGACGUCAGCUCCCGACUGGAGCUGAAUGCGCAUGCACGGCCAGAGCAGCGCACUCGCAUUAAAAACGCCCAUAGGAAAGCAACGCCCAUAGGAAAGCAUUACUCCUACUCUGCUUUCCUAUGAACGUUAUGCGUUCUCAAUGCGAUUUUUGCAUUGAGUGCCGCGAAAGCGCCUCUAGCGGCUGUCAGUGAGACAGCUACUAGAGGCUGGAUUAACCCUCAGUGAAACAUAGCGGCUUCUUUAAAACCGCUAUGUUUUCAGCUGCAGGGUUAACACUAGAGGGACCAGGCACCCAGACCACUUCAUUGAGCUGAAGUGGUCUGGGUGACUAUAGUGGUCCUUUAAUGAACGGUAUACAACUUAAUUUAGUUGUACUGUUGUCUAUAGCCUGUCCCUGACACCAUUUUUUUUUUUUUUUAGAGAAAAGGCAGUGUUUACAUUUCUGCCUAGGAAGACCUCUAGUGGCAACGUAUCAAACAGCAACUAGAGGUGCUUCCUGGAGCUGUGCUGCACACUGUGCUUGAAGGCGCUAUACUUUCCUCAUAGAGAUACAUUGAUUCAAUACAUCUCUAUGAGAAGAUUCUGUGUGGCCAGGGUGGAGUUUGGCUCCACCCCUUCUCCUUGGAAGCCAAGAGGCAUAUCGGGGGAGGAGCCAGUGCGGUGCUUGAAAUAAGGUGAGUUUGGAGUUAUUGGGAUGGUUGUCUAGAUGGAGGUCAGGAAUACACAUUAGUGUUCCUUUAAGUUCUAUGAUGCAUUAUAAAGGAAGGUUAUUUUCAAUGUAGAGUCUGUUUUUUUUUUUUGCGGGGUUGUCUUUAUCUUUCCCAAAGUGCAAAUAAUAUGCUGUAAGAUCCCUUCUAUUGCCCUCUAUAGUGGCCCUGUAUCUGUUGCUGAACCUGGCGGAGGACACUCGCACGGAAUUAAAGAUGAGAAAUAAGAACAUUGUACACAUGCUAGUCAAGGCUCUGGACAGGGAGAACUUUGAACUUCUCAUACUCGUGGUCUCCUUUCUGAAGAAACUCAGCAUAUUUCUAGAGAACAAGAAUGAUAUGGUGAGAUUACUGGAUGGGAGAAUGGUCAUUAGCUGGGGUUCAUUUACCACCACUUCGUUCAGUCAAAUGUAAAUUGCUGUGUUUAAAAAAGCCUGAAAAUGUGUUUUUUAAAGGAAUUGUGUUUCCAUACAACAAUAAUCACACAAGGAUGAUGCUGCUGUUUCUAGCAGCAAUUUCUACCAAAUAUUAGUUGAAAUUUGAAAUUGCGACACUGUAUGCAAUAAAGGAAGUUUAAACAGGAGAUCUCUCUCAACAGGAAGUGUAUAGGGUGGCUGUGUGAUUGACAGCCAGGAGAGGUGUGGCUAGAGCUUUAUAAAGUGAUUUAACUCCUAAAUGGCAGAGAAUUGGGCAGUGAGACUGCAGGGGCAUAAUCUAUACACCAAAACGGCUUCAUUAAGCUAAUGUUUUUUUUGUGUGCCUAUAAUGUCUGUUUAAUUCCAUGAAUGCACCUGUAACUGUAACUUCUUAAUACUAUCCCCUUUCUGAUACAUCCCCAAAUCCAUUUUUAGACUCCUCUCACAUAGUAGAGAUUUGAAUCUGUUUGAUAGUAAGAGAACUGACAUUGAAUGAAUGUCCUCAUGGCAUUGGUUUCACAGUACGACAUACUGUAAAAACUUGUGACAUUUUACAUUCUAACUUUCUUGAAAUAGUAUCGAAUUUAUCAUAAACCAUAUAUUUCAUUGCAUACAUACUUACUGUAACAGCCUGCUGGUUCUCCGGCUCAGGACCCACGUCACUUCUUCUUGGGGGGCGCUCAAAGUAUUCGAGGCGAAAUAUAGCUAAUGAUUCUAGCCUACACCCCACACCAUGAGUCGAACACAUGCAGGGGCUAAACAGAACUGCCUUUAUUGCAUACAGUAAGGUAGUUUACAGUAAAUACGGUUCUCCAUCAAGUCCCAUAAUUCCUUGUUUUUCUUGCUGAAAUCAACCCUUAUCCCCACCAAAACACUCAGCUCCAAUGUGUCCAUAUAAUUUAAAUAAUGAAGGCACCUUGUAAUAUGCAACCCCGGGUCCGUGACACUUACCUCCUGCCCAGCGUCUCCACCAGACCAGGCUUUCUGCUCAUGGUUUCCUGCUUCGUUACUAGCCAGUUGGCCGGCAUGUGGACACUUCCCCCAAGCAGGACUAACUUUGUUGAGUUUAUGGCUAAAUGUAUUCAAUUUGUCAAAUUUGUUUAAUUUUUGUUUUUUUAUGUUUUGCCAUUUCUUGUGGCCAACAUAGCGAAUUUCUGUGUAUUUCCCCACAUAGUGUUAGUAUUAACCAUGACGGGUACAUGUACUAUGUGGAUGGCAAUAUUUGAAUAAGUAAAGCACUUUAGGGAGAGCCCACCUUCCUUCCUCCUUUCUCAAUGAGCUGUAUUACUAGUCAGCUUUGGAAAGAAGCUAUUGCAUGCAUAAUACGCAGUCUCUGGUAAAGGGGGGACGGGGGACGUUUUUUUUUACCCCAUAAAAAACAUGCGGGGGAAAAUGAAUUCUAAGGGGUGUUCCUGUAAAUCCCCCCCUGCCCCCCUCUCUAAUGGAAUAUCUGCUCCAUCCCUUCUAUAAACCAAAGAUACUCUUACAACAGCGACACUGCUUCAUAAAUCCUUCUUUUUAGUUUUUCACUCUGUUGGUAUUUUUAGAUUUGAUUUAGUCCUCAAUUAAAGUACUGCGUGAAACAUUUUAUUUUAUUAUUAUUAUUCUAACGAUAUAUGCAUGUGCCAUGUUUUUAUUGUUGGACGUUGAUCCCCUACCAAGGUGAUACCGUUGCUAUUAAUUUUCGUAGCGUGUCCUGGACUCCAGAUGUCCUUUAUCCAUCUGGCUUUGUCCGCUCCAAUGAUUUUAUUAGCGUAUUAUAAACCAACAUAAUAUGAGAUUAUUCUAAAGUCGCUGAUUUUAUAUUAAAUAUGUCUUAGCACACCACGCUCUUCUAUUGGAAUUUGUAUUGCACGCAUUCUUGGGAUAUUAUUAUUUUUUUUAUAUAUAUUCAUAUUCUGUGAACAUGAAGUUGGCUUAUCGGUUUGCAAGCCGCAUGUGUUCCAAGAAUUUACAAUAAUUCGUCUUACAUGGGAUUUUUUGUUUAUAGUAGUAGAUACAUAGAUAACUAUGUUUUGAUGUGAACUUCAUAGCGUAAUGUCAGUAUGAACCGAAAUAUGUAUAAAAUCAGGUGAUAAAAAGGAGCGAAUAUUAAAUGGAGCUCUCAAGGCAUCCAGACCACGUCCGGGGCUUUAAAUAAAAUCAAUGGGGGCUCUAAUGAUCAAUGCUUCUAAACAAGAGGAAACAUUCGUGAGUAAUAUUGUAAAUGGUAAAAUAUAUCUGUUUACAGUGUUUCAGGAUUGUUCCAUCUUUUGGAUGAGGGACCUAUAUAAAACCCCACAGACCGGAUGAAGGAAGAUAAGAACCAUUUGGCCCAUCUAGUCUGCCCAAAACCUCUGACACCCAUCCUACUUCUCUUCAGAUAAUAAGAUUUUUCUUGUUCUGUGACACAUUGGUAAUUCAGAAGGCACGUCCCCUGCCAAGCUUCUACCUAAGUUUAGCCAUUAUCAGCUACACAUUACCGAUGAGGGUCAAACGCCAAAUAUGCACAGAAUGAACAUAAUAUUCCAGACUGGCUAACGCACCUCCUUUAACUUUCUACUUUAACUCUUUUUAUGUGCAAUAUGUCAAACUGAAACCGUGCAAGCGCUAUGACCGUGGUCACGGUGCUGUAAGUAACCCUUGCAAAUCGUGAAAAACCUUGUACUUACUUGUGAAAGGUAAGUGAGUCGGUUAAGGGAUUAACAUUGCCCUCUCAGUAACGACAAACCAAAAUCUGUGUCUGUAAAUUUGUGGCACUGUAACAUCGAAUUUAAUAUUGCUGGUAACCAUAGAAAAUCCAUUGCCGGCAUUUCUGUGUCCUUCUCUCGGAAUGAAGGAAUUCCUGUCUAGAGAUUUUAUGUUUCAGUAUGAAGUUUGUUGUUUGAGUUAUGAUUUUUUUAAUUUUUUUUUAUUGUCCCCAGGCUGAAAUGAAUAUCAUUGAAAAACUGUCCCAAAUGGUGCCUUGCGAACACGAGGAUUUGCUGAACAUCACCCUGCGACUUCUUCUCAAUCUGUCGUUUGACACAGGCUUGCGAAACAAGAUGGUGCAGGCAGGACUUCUUCCCAAGCUCACCGUACUCUUAGGUACUAUUGUGAUUUGUCUGAGAUUGGACGGAUUUCAUAAAUGCAUGUCUCACUCUAAAGGGGAACGUCACUUUAUUAAUAUUUUAUUGGCUUGCGACCUGUAAUUGGCCAAAUAUUUGUGUGAUCGGAGAAAGAAAUCAACAGCUCUUUAUCCUGCAAGUGGGUGCGUCCAUCGUGGCCCCCUGUUGGUGGAACUUAGCCCGACCUGGGACACUGCACCCAGACCACGUCAAUGAGCUGAACUGGUCUGGGUCCAUAAAGUGUGUCCCUUUAGUUGCUAAAUACUUAAUAUAAAUUACAAAAAAAUAUAUGAAAAAAGGUUAACACAAGCCUUAGAGGGGAUUUUUAUGUAGUGUUUAUUUUUUCUUUAAAUGUGAUCUAUUAAUUGGUGGCAUUUCUAUAAAAAAGUGUGUGUUCCCUUUUAACUUUCCUUACUGAUAUGUGAAGCCUUGCUCAUUGUGACUGGAAUUCACCAGGAGCAAACUGUCAAUCAUAUUAUCACCUCGUUGUUCCCUUAUCCCCCUCAUAGAUUUUUGCCUAAAUUACAACACGUAGUAGGGGAAGUUAUGUCUGAAAGCGACCGUACUUUCCAUUUUUCUUUAAAAUGUCUUUUGGUGAUUUGCCGUAUUUACCAUUAUAUUGUAGGGUCUGACAUACAAUGCCCCACGGUACCAUUUCAGCCUUAAUAAUUAGUGAAAGGGGCAGUCCAAGUCGGAAGUAAACCUGCAUUGUUAAAUGCAUUGUAUAGAUAGUGUUUAAAAAAUAAAACAAAAUAGCUCCCUUUUGUGCAUACCUCCACCCACCUCUCUGGGUUUAGCGACGAUGUCCCUCGGCGCUGGCUCUGGUCCACAUCUGCUCCACUAGGGAGACUUAAUGCGCAUGCACGGCAAUAGCCACGAUCGCAUGCCGAUUUCCACAUAGGAAAGCAUUAUACAAAAGUCGCCUAACAGCCUGGAAGUCCCUUUAGAGCAGGGGUUCUCAACCUAGUCCUCAAGGACCCCCUACCAGUCCAGGAUUUAGGGAGUACCUGGGUGUGUCUAAGGUGUUUUUAUUUUUUAUUUUUUCUUCCUAAACACCUUAGACACACCCAGGUAAUCCCUUAUUCCUAGACUAGUAGGGAGUUCUUGAGGACUGGGUUGAGAACCCCUGCUCUAGUGGCUAUAAAGAAACUGCAAUAAUAAGCUUUGCAGGGUUAAGGGUUCUGGGACAACGCACCCAGACACCUUCAAUGAGUAGAAAUGGUCUGCGUGCCUCUAGAGUCACUUAUUACAUUUUAACAACCUGGAAUUAAAAUCGAAUUAAAGUGAGGGGUGCAGCUGGCUAGCAUUGCCUCAAAUCUGCACAGGGCAAUUAUUUGUCUCUGCCUAUGAAAGAUGUUAGGAGAACUACAGCUCCCAAGAACCUUUGCUGUGCAAAAUUAUUAAAUAAAUCUCACUUUUUAAAAUUGCGGCUCACAGUGACAUCUGCUGCUUAAUUUGAAUAUUGCAGACGAUUAAUCAAAGUGGUGCGUUUAUCUUUAACAUUAAAUCCGGUUUAUGAAUAACACAGCAGAGUUUUGCACAUAGUUGAAAACUUGUUAAAAUGUAUUAAUUUCCGAUAUCUUGGUUUAGUAGACAGCCGUUUAUAGACAGGGAGAUUACAUUCUGAAUGUACUCAGUGGUUUAAAACAGCUGUUCAUACCUUAAACACAGAUUUUGCAGUGAAUUUAAAAAUUUGGCCAAAAAAGUGAAUAAAUAGCUGAUUUGAAUAAAUUCUCCGGCUCGAGUAUAGCAAACAUUGUGGCUGUUUCCUCCUGAAUUUGGUUUCUUACUGCCUCACUGUUUAAACUUAGAAUGUAUUCAUGUACAUGUUUCUAAAACCUUUUAGAACAUUCUCGUUCUACUCGCCUUGCGAUGGUAGUAAUUACAAUGAAACAGCUCCGUAGCGCGAUGAAUACCUGGCCCACAGGUUGCUGUCCUAGGGGAUACAGAACUGAUAAAACCUUCCAUUAGACCGAAGGCCGGAUAGAGACUAGGACAGGAAACCAACGUCCGACAAGAGAUGUGAAAAGUAACUUCUGGAAGACAAGAAGAAUAAGAUUCAUUAUGGACGUCUGAUGUCUGAAAUGAAGCAGAAUAAUGUAACUAUUUCUGCCGCCCACCAUUUAAACAGAUGGUUAGCACUGUCUGGCCAGGAAUCCAAUACGUUUACUAUGAAGUCUGAGGCCGACAGUAACCGUGAUGUUUCACCGUUAGGACUUCUGAUGAAUAUCCUUCUUGGUUUUAUGUUGAAUUUGGCACUAUAAACAUUCCAUCUCAUUUAAGUGGUUAUAGUGCCUGGAGUCCAAUAGCACUGACUCUCAAUUAAGUAUUAAACUAUUCCAUUUUAUUGAAGUGGUUAUAGUGCCUGAAGUGCCCUGGCACUACCCCUCCAUUCACUAUUAGAGCAUUUUUGAGCAGUCGUACACUGAACGAGAGUCCUUGCUUUCCAUUGCUCUGCCCCCACUGGAGGUAUGACCACACACUCCAUCAUCAGACUGGGCACUGUCUGUCAAUCACCCCUAGUCAGACUAAUGAAUUUCUCAGUUUGACUUCUUACAUGGAGUCCGACAAGUGCUGCUUCCAACCUCCGCUACUUGCGACAGCCAGAUUGUACUGGCUGAGAGUGAUCACUGCUGGGCUAUUGGAAAUACCUGCUGAGGAGUUUUCAGCUUUCUUGUGACUAGAAUGGAGGUGGGCAGACCAAAGGUUAAAAGUCAAACUUUUUGACUACUUAAAUGGUGGGAUGCCAAGACUCUUUUUGCACCAGAACCAGUACAGCGCACUUUAGUGAUCAUAGUACUUUAAGUGUUCGGUUUAAAAAUAAAUAAAACUACAAACCGAACUUAAAAUGUGCGAUACAAGACCCAAAGCUUGUGAAUAUCUCUUCUGUCCAAAGUAUAGAUGGCAGCUGGAAAAUCCCAGAUUGAAUACACCAGAUUUAAAGCGGACUGUCGCUGCUGGUGAGGUGUAGAACCUAUAGUAGACAUGGUGGCGUUCCCAGAGUGCGGACACUUAGUUGACCUGCGAGUGGAAGAAGCCAUUAUUGGGCUUGAAUGAAAGAAAUCGCUCGGACAGUGGGAAGAUUUAGCACGAUUCUUUCAGUUCACUUGCAAAUGGCAUUGAAGUCAAUGUCUUGGUAGUGCAUGAAAUUUGGAAUAAGGAAGGGGAAGGGCUGUCUUUUUGUUGUUUUUGUGGGGGUGGAGGAUGAUAAAUAUUUUCAUGUUGUAUAUGCCAGGUCUAAGAUCUAAAUAUUAUCCUAAUUGGUGUGAAUUUUGCGUAACCUUCUUAUUUCUAAUUACCCAGGCGUGUGCCAAACACAGGUGAUGAUGCUAAACUGCAUCCAUAUUCUCCAAUUUUAUAUAUGCAGCUGGUAGUUAGCCAUAUUUUAAAAUGGAGCUGCUACCCUUACCUCUGCACGAUUUCCAUGACCAAAUCAGUCAUUGACCCAUUAUGCGCCUGGCAUCACUGAGAUAUCUCCCUCACUCUGCCUGGCACAGCGUUAUUACCUUCAUUUACAUAGUGUGCCCUGGCUGUGCCAAUAAAACCAAAUACAUGAAAUUAAUUCAAAAACAAGCUGGAAUUUAAAUAACUCCUUGCACAAACCGUAGAUAUUUUUUAUUGGUUUUUUGGUUUCUGUCCAAAUUUCUCCUGUGCCAGUUCUGCUUUAAUAUAGGCGUGCUUAUACCACGAGCUCUGAUUAAAAAGUCUACAAGGAUCCAGGAGAAAUCCAAUUAAAUGAGAUCCACAGUACACCGUGUGGCAAUCUUCUUUAUUUUUGUCUCCAGAAGAGGCAACCACAGUUAUUCAUACCUUACCAAUCAUACAAAACAGCAAGGUCAUGCGGGGCAAAGUCUCUAACGAGAAGCACAUGUCGUAUCAUAUGAAUGAGCUGGAGUCAUAUCGGCCUUUCUUGAAGUUACUAAUGGCAGUAAAAUUUAUGCUUCCUCCUGAACUCCCAAUUAUGUUCAGGAUUUCUUUGCUGGAGACCUAAACGGCCACAUGUUUUCAAUCGAACCUGUGCGAAAAGUGCCCCGGGAGUCACAGUAUCUUAAAGGAGAGAACUACGUGAAGUAUUACAUUUUGCGCUUGGUUUGUUGGUAAAACCUACCCUUUUAUCAACUUCGGCCAAACAUUCCGUCCGGCUCAGCAAAUCCCUUUAAUCUGAUUUCUUAAUAUUUUUUAGUUAAUAUUCGUUGCCGCAUACACGAGAUGGAGAGAGGCUACCGAGCUAGUUUCAGGAUCCAAGGGAGUCGUAUUAUUCCAAAUAUCAGUAAAUGAUUGUUUUAUAAUGGUUUUAUUUCAGAACCAAUUAAAUUUAAUAGAAAGUUACCUUAUUAGGCUAAAUCACAUUUAAUAAUUUAUUUAACUCUCUUACGUUUUAAUGAUGGUACAAAGAGUACACUGACUGCACUUGAGCGUACCUUGGAACUACAGCUGUUUGUAAAUAUAUGUAUUUAUUGAUAGUUCUGGAAGGGGAUAGGGGAAGCUGAGCCAAUCACUGCACACAGACUGGUUCACAUACCGAGGUCAGGACUUUAUGGGAUAUGAUCACACACCACAGAGCAGAAUGAGAGGCUCCAGGAGGACAGGGCUUUAUGGGAUAAGAUCAGACACCAUAGAGCAGAGUGAGAGGCUCCAGACUGGUUUACAUACCGAGGACAGGGUUUAUGGGAUAAGAUCAGACACCACAAAGCAGAAUGAGACUCCAGACUGGUUCACAUACUGAGGACAGGCAUUUAUGGGAUAUGAUCAGACACCAUAGAGCCGAGUGAGAGGACCCAGGAGGACAGGGCUUUAUGGGAUACGAUCAGACACCAUAGAGCAAAGUGAGAGGCUCCAGACUGGUUUACAUACCGAGGACAGGGCUUGAUGGGAUAAGAUUAGACACAAUAGAGCAGAAUGAGACUCCAGACUGGUUCACAUACCGAGGACAGGGAUUUAUGGGAUAGCAUCAGACACCACAAAGCAGAAUGAGAGGCUCCAGACUGGUUCACAUACCGAGGACAGGUAUUUAUGGGAUAUGAUCAGACACCAUAAAGUAGAAUGAGAGGCUCCAGACUGGUUCACAUACCGAGGACAGGUAUUUAUGGGAUAAGAUCAGACACGACAAAGCAGAAUGAGACUCCAGACUGGUGCACAUACCGAGGACAUGGUUUAUGUGAUAGGAUCAGACACCACAAAGCAGAAUGAGACUCCAGACUGGUUCACAUACCGAGGACAGGGCUUGAUGGGAUAAGAUUAGACACCAUAGAGCAGAAUGAGACUCCAGACUGGUUCACAUACUGAGGACAGAGCUUUAUGGGAUAAGAUCAGACACCAUAGAGCAGAGUGAGAGGACCCAGGAGGACAGGGCUUUAUGGGAUACGAUCAGACACCAUAGAGCAGAGUGAGAGGACCCAGGAGGACAGGGCUUUAUGGGAUACGAUCAGACACCAUAGAGCAGAGUGAGAGGACCCAGGAGGACAGGGCUUUAUGGGAUAAGAUCAGACACCAUAGAGCAGAGUGAGAGGACCCAGGAGGACAGGGCUUUAUGGGAUACGAUCAGACACCAUAGAGCAGAGUGAGAGGAUCCAGGAGGACAGGGCUUUAUGGGAUACGAUCAGACACCAUAGAGCAGAGUGAGAGGCUCCAGACUGGUUUACAUACCGAGGACAGGGCUUGAUGGGAUAAGAUUAGACACCAUAGAGCAGAAUGAGACUCCAGACUGGUUCACAUACCGAGGACAGGGAUUUAUGGGAUAUGAUCAGACACCAUAGAGCAGAAUGAGAGACCCAUGGUGGACAAUGCUUUAUGGGAUAUGAUCAGACACCAUAGAGCAGAAUGAGAGGCUCCAGGAGGACAGGACUUUGGGGGAUAAGAUCAGACAACAUAGAGCCAAGUGAGAGGCUCCAGACUGGUUUACAUACCGAGGACAGGGAUUUAUGGCAUAAGAUCAGACACCAUAGAGCAGAAUUAUUAUUAUUAUUAUUAUGAUAUUUAUAUAGUGCCAUCAAAUUCCGCAGCGCUUUACAAUGGGCGGACGAACAGACACGUAGUUGUAACCAGACAAGUUGGACACACAGGAACAGAGGGGUUGAGGGCCCUGUUCAAUGAGCUUACAUGCCAGAGGGAGUGGGGUAAAAUGACACAAAAAGGUAAGGAUAGUAUUAGACUAGUGACCGUUGCAGAAUGAGACUCCAGACUGGUUCACAUACCGAGGACAGGUAUUUAUGGGAUAAGAUCAGACACCAUAGAGCAGAGUGAGAGGCUCCAGACUGGUUCACAUACCGAGGACAGAGAUUUAUUGGAAAAGAUCAGACACCAUAGAGCAGAGUGAGAGGACCCAGGAGGACAGAGCUUUAUGGGAUAAGAUCAGACACCAUAGAGCAGAGUGAGAGGCUCCAGACUGGUUCACAUACCGAGGACAGAGAUUUAUUGGAUAAGAUCAGACACCAUAGAGCAGAAUGAGACUCCAGACUGGUUCACAUACUGAGGACAGGACUUUAUGGGAUAAGAUAAGACACCAUAGAGCAGAGUGAGAGGACCCAGGAGGACAGGGCUUUAUGGGAUAAGAUCAGACACCGUAGAGCAGAGUGAGAGGACCCAGGAGGACAGAGCUUUAUGGGAUAUGAUCAGACACCAUAGAGCAGAGUGAGAGGCUCCAGACUGGUUUACAUACCGAGGACAGGGCUUGAUGGGAUAAGAUUAGACACCAUAGAGCAGAAUGAGACUCCAGACUGGUUCACAUACCGAGGACAGGGCUUUAUGGGAUAUGAUCAGACACCAUAGAGCAGAAUGAGAGGCUCCAGGAGGACAGGGCUUUAUGGGAUACGAUCAGACACCAUAGAAUAGAGUGAGAGGCCCCAGACUGGUGCUCUGGUAGGGAAUGACCUAUAGCUAUACAACAACUGCUAUACUGACACACUAGCAGAAAUGUACCCAUGCACUCGUGCUAGAACGUGCAUUCAGCAUUUGAAAUAUUUUCAGUGGAUUUGACAAAUGUUGUUCUAUCAGGCGGUCUUCUUACAACGCCUUCUUCCAAAAUGUUCUUUUUUUUUUUUGCUUUUGGCAAUGAAAGUGAAAGGAAUAGAGUUUUUAACAGGUGUAAUCACCUAAUGAUGGCUUUCUCCUUUUGUGCCAUUACCCCCUGACACCGUAAUGACAUGGGCGGUAGCAGAUAGUACUUGUCAUGGAUUGAUGUACAUGCAGCAGCCUAUGGACUUGAAAUCUUAGCAGACCAAUACAUUAGGCCAUUAUUCACAGUUUAUCCAAGCUCUAACUAUUAGUUAUUUUCUGGUCUUCGCUUGCAGUUAUGGAAGAUGUAGUGUGAGAAUGCUGUAGGCCUUAAUCCCUAGACCAGGGGUUUCCAAGCCAGUCUUCAAAGUACAUUAUCAGCCCAGGUUAUGUUCUGUGUCUGCACUGAAUUGGAAAAUGCUGAGAUCCUAGCCUGUUGACUGCUUUGGGAACUACAGUAAUGCGUAGGACAGAACUUUAUGGGAUAAGAUCAGACACCAUAGAGCAGAGUGAGAGGCUCCAGACUGGUUUACAUACCGAGGACAGGGCUUGAUGGGAUAAGAUUAGACACCAUAGAGCAGAGUGAGAGGACCCAGGAGGACAGGGCUUUAUGGGAUAAGAUCAGACACCAUAGAGCAGAGUGAGAGGACCCAGGAGGACAGGGCUUUAUGGGAUAAGAUCAGACACCGUAGAGCAGAGUGAGAGGACCCAGGAGGACAGGGCUUUAUGGGAUAUGAUCAGACACCAUAGAGCAGAGUGAGAGGCUCCAGACUGGUUUACAUACCGAGAACAGGGCUUGAUGGGAUAAGAUUAGACACCAUAGAGCAGAAUGAGACUCCAGACUGGUUCACAUACCGAGGACAGGGAUUUAUGGGAUAAGAUCAGACACCAUAGAGCAGAGUGAGAGGCUCCAGACUGGUUCACAUACCGAGGACAGAGAUUUAUUGGAAAAGAUCAGACACCAUAGAGCAGAGUGAGAGGACCCAGGAGGACAGGGCUUUAUGGGAUAAGAUCAGACACCAUAGAGCAGAGUGAGAGGCUCCAGACUGGUUCACAUACCGAGGACAGAGAUUUAUUGGAUAAGAUCAGACACCAUAGAGCAGAAUGAGACUCCAGACUGGUUCACAUACUGAGGACAGGACUUUAUGGGAUAAGAUAAGACACCAUAGAGCAGAGUGAGAGGACCCAGGAGGACAGGGCUUUAUGGGAUAAGAUCAGACACCGUAGAGCAGAGUGAGAGGACCCAGGAGGACAGAGCUUUAUGGGAUAUGAUCAGACACCAUAGAGCAGAGUGAGAGGCUCCAGACUGGUUUACAUACCGAGGACAGGGCUUGAUGGGAUAAGAUUAGACACCAUAGAGCAGAAUGAGACUCCAGACUGGUUCACAUACCGAGGACAGGGCUUUAUGGGAUAUGAUCAGACACCAUAGAGCAGAAUGAGAGGACCCAGGAGGACAGGGCUUUAUGGGAUAUGAUCAGACACCAUAGAGCAGAGUGAGAGGCUCCAGACUGGUUUACAUACCGAGGACAGGGCUUGAUGGGAUAAGAUUAGACACCAUAGAGCAGAAUGAGACUCCAGACUGGUUCACAUACCGAGGACAGGGAUUUAUGGGAUAUGAUCAGACACCAUAGAGCAGAAUGAGAGGCUCCAGGAGGACAUGACUUUAUGGGAUAUGAUCAGACACCAAAGAAUAGAGUGAGAGGCCCCAGACUGGUGCUCUGGUAGGGAAUGACCUAUAGCUACACAACAACUGCUACACUAGCAGAAAUGUACCCAUGCACUCGUGCUAGAACGUGCAUUCAGCAUUUGAAAUAUUUUCAGUGGAUUUGACAAAUGUUGUUCUAUCAGGCGGUCUUUUUACAACGCCUUCUUCCAAAAUGUUUUUUUUUUUUUUGCUUUUGGCAAUGAAAGUGAAAGGAAUAGAGUUUUUAACAGGUGUAAUCACCUAAUGAUGGCUUUCUCCUUUUGUGCCAUUACCCCCUGACACCGUAAUGACAUGGGCGGUAGCAGAUAGUACUUGUCAUGGAUUGAUGUACAUGCAGCAGCCUAUGGACUUGAAAUCUUAGCAGACCAAUACAUUCGGCCAUUAUUCACAGUUUAUCCAAGCUCUAACUAUUAGUUAUUUUCUGGUCUUCGCUUGCAGUUAUGGAAGAUGUAGUGUGAGAAUGCUGUAGGCCUUAAUCCCUAGACCAGGGGUUUCCAAGCCAGUCUUCAAAGUACAUUAUCAACCCAGGUUAUGUUCUGUGUCUGCACUGAAUUGGAAAAUGCUGAGAUCCUAGCCUGUUGACUGCUUUGGGAACUACAGUAAUGCGUUCCAAUAGUUAAAUUAAGUGUAGCAUCCAUGUUUGUUGGUCAUAAAUUACACAUGUGUUUGUCCUGCCUUUCUCUUCACAUGGGACAGAUGAUCCUUCUCAGGGAACAUCAUGGCAGACCUGUCUGGGAAAGUUAUAUGAAGUCUACUCGGUUAGACCUGCAUUUAUUGUAAAAGAUUGAGAAGAUAUUUUGACUCUUUGGGCAGUGUAUAUAAUGCUAUAACUUUAUCAGCAAUCUAGUGGUCCGUGUAGCCAUAGAACAAGUCUACCGUCCUACUUGUACACAUGUCUCCAAAACCAUCCAUAUUUUCCAAUGCAGUUGACGUAUAUGGUCUAUUACACGAUGCAAAAUUACCAGAAUACAUCUAAGGUGGCCCUGAAGUCUGAUUCUCAAUGAGUGAAUCCUAUACAUCAGUGGUUCCCAACCCAUUCCUCAUGAACCACCAACAGUCCCGGAUUUAUGUAUUUCCCUUUUUUUAAUUUAAAUGGAGAUACUGACAAAACCUGGACUGUUGGUGGUCCACGUGGGACUGUGUUGGGGCCCACUGCUCUAUGUGAUCUACACACUCCAUGAACACGCUAUGAGCUGGAGUGUACAUAUUGAUAUUGUAAAGUUUCUAAUGCGCCGUUCGCCUUCUCAAAACUUGGCGAAGCAUGCACGUCCAUCGCCCACUGUGUUUCUUUCUCGUCCUCCGAUAAAGCCGUUGGAACCAAUGAAGUCAAAGUCAGGUCCUACUCCCAACCCACUGGAAUUUAUUUCUUAGUCCUAAUUGGCAAACAAAAAUCAUUAUUUGAAUUUACCACCCAAAUUAUCCAGCUGUAUCCCAGCUGUUAUUUCUUAGCUAAAAGUAUUUUAUUGGAGCAAUUUUAUCCAUAAAAUGUUAGCAGCUGCUAAUGGGCAGUUAUGGUAAUAGGAAUAAAUGACCUCUGCAGGGAAAUAUUCUUGGAAUAUUGUAAAAGGCUAAAUUUAAUAUUUUAUGGCCUCAUUCUCUGCAUGCAAGAGCGAUGUUUUUGGGGGCCUGCAUGAAAGUACACGUUUUAUUAGAUGGCCCUUUAUUGCCUGUAUUUGAGAUGUCGGUAAUGAUAGAGAUAAGUAGCGAUUGGUUCUCGAAUGUUCUUAUGUUAAACCCUAUUCCUGGAGUCUGUAUUCAUCGCGUCACAUAGAGAGAUUCGUUUUUAGAUUCCUUGUUGACUUUAUUCCUUAAUCUAUUAACUUCUUAUUGUCGGUACACCUUUCCAGCUUUUCCUGUUUUAGCAGUUUAUUUAGUUCAGAUUCACUUGGGUUUUUUUUUUUUUUUGGACCAUGUGUUUUACUAAACAUUGAGAGAGUUCCACCGGAGUGUUGCUCUGAUUCUUUGUACUUUUACUAGUGGGUAGUAAAAGAAGUCAUUCGAUCUCGCUCUACAGAGACCCUCUUGACUAGGCAGGUUGUCGCUGAAUGGAAUGAAAUGGCAGAAACCUUGAUUCAUCCAAGUGAUUAUUUAAUUUACCUUUGAGACCUGAGCCCUAACUUCCUCCACCGAUGUUACUCCUCCUUGCCAUAGGGGGACGGAUGUAAAGGAGGACAUGGGCGUGUUGUGGAUCCAAAUGUUGAUCUUUGUUAUAUUCAGAGGAAGCCCAAAUUGUUGUUACAAGUGCACUUGGAGAAGCGAGAAUUAGACACCAGACACCUGUUGGUAUUCAAAAUAAGCCUCCGCCGUUUUAUUCAUCAGCUGAGUUUUAUACAUUAAAAAGUAAGUGCUUACGUGCAAAUACUCUUAGAACAGUAAUAGGAAGAGAGUACAGAUAAGACAUAGGGAUGAGCGUCAUGUACACAUAACAAAUAAGUUUCAAGGUAAGAGAGAACAAAAUGAUUAGAGCAGAGACAUCUUAGGUGGGGGCUCUCUGCACCCGGAACUUAGACAUAUAUGGUCUUAAGUGUUGUUUAAGCAUCAAGCAUUUCCUGAGUCCAAGUUAGCCAAUUUUAAUAUAGGAUAUCAUUAUAUGACACCUAUAAGCUUGAGCCUUGGAAUCAAGAUAAAUUCUAUCACAGGUUUCACGGCGGAUGGAUUGUGCAGCCAUUGGAUGCUGGCGUUAGAACCCAAAUUGGCACAGAAAUGACAUUAGCCACCCAAGCUGGCUAUUGAUACACCUGUGACAAUGCUGGGGAUAGUGAUACAACUCAACUUUAUUUAAUUUUUUUUGUAAAUGUCUAAAAUUGGAUGUAAUUUGAAUGAUGGGUCCAUCUUUUAUGUGUAUCAUAAAUUGCUGAACAAUGAAAACCUAGCAGCACUCUCGUUUGAGACCAUAAUCGGUGGCCGUAUGAGGCGGUUCAGAUAAUUUAUACAAAAAUGAAACCAAGACAUUAAAUAUUAAAUUAAAAAUGUUCUAGAUAGACUCAAAGUAGCGCAGGGUGUGCUAGUAUUAUGUAGUCCGUGAUCCUUAUUCUGGUCUAGAAAGUACACAGAGGUCCAUGUGCUGGGUUCUGAUACUUUGCUUCAUUAAAGGGACACUAAUCAUCAAAACAACUUUUUCUUAAUGAAGUGGUUAUGGUGUAUAGAUCAUGCCCCGGCAGUUUCUGCAGAUCUCUGCCAUUUAUGCAGCCAGUUUUUAGAUAUAGUCAAUAAAAAAAAAAGUGCAUAAUUAAAUGCGUAAGGGUUCAUUGAGGGGUAUAUCUACUAAAAAGUUAUUUAUCGUUGGAGUGUCCCUUUAAAGCAUGAGCUGAGCUAAUUUUCCUAUUGAAGAAUUAGUUGCCAAAUUCAUUCUACAGAACUAAUUUUACCUUGCCAAAGCUUUAGAACCGCUGGCCUAGACAUAUUUUCUGCUAACCGUUCGUGGACUAAGAGACCAAUUCAGCCUUCGCAAUCUUUACAGAGAUCUCCGUAGAUUGGGGUCCGUCACUUUGACAUGUAUUUAUAACCUGUGUUUCCUUGCUCUCCAGAUAAUGAAAACUACAAGCAAAUUGUUAUGUGUAUUCUGUAUCAUAUCAGCAUGGACGACCGCUUCAAAUCAAUGUUUGCAUACACCGACUGUAUACCACAGGUACGUCUAACUUUGAUGGCACUGCUUGAUCGGCAUCAAGUAUUCUGAGCGCUCACGGAGGGAUAAAAAGGCUUAUAUACCCCAAAAAAGGAAGACAAUAUGUCAUCCAAAGUGUAUGAUGAAGACUUUAAAUGUAUAUGUGCACACGACUGGAUUAUUUUAUAGAGUCCUAGAGUCCAGAGAUCCAGAGUAGUAACUAUAGUCUCUAAGUUGACGAAUGGCUGGGAUAUUACAGUGACUAUCACUAGAGGUGUCCCUAACCACUAAUUUUAACACUGCCAUCUCUGAAAAGGCAUACGUGGACAGGAUAGACACCAGAACUGCAUUAAACUGCACUAUAGUGUCCCUUUAAGAAGGAAUAUGUCAUUAUUUUUUUAAAGAUAUUUUUCCUGAGUUAUUCCUGUUCCGUUUGGUAUUUGGUUUCACCCCCUUUACUUUUCUCAUGCAUGUUUAUAUCAUACGUGUCACCAAGUGGUGAUAGGUCCUUCAGACACAGAUCCAGUCUUCAUUUCGCAAUAAAACUUCAUUUUGAUUCAUUAAGAAUAAAAUCCGCCAUUUUGACUGUUUCAGAGUAGGCUUUUUGCUAAUGUUGUCUAUCAGAAUUGUUACUGUUGUCAAGCUGCCUAAGUACACUGCUGCCUUCAAGGCAUUUGAUCUCAUAAACAUGUUUUGAUGUUUCUGGAGAGUCCUAUCAAGCACUUGUUCCUUUUUUAGGGCAUCCACUUUAAUUUGAAGCAUAUUUUAUUAAAAAGAAAGCCUUGAUUUCCUUCGUCUAAACAUUUUGAAGUGGUGCCUGGAUUUGGGCUAUUCAAAAUCCCAAAUAACCUGGCAAUAAUGUUUUCUAAAUUCAUAGCUUUAAGAGGCCUGGGGCUGCUGACAUGCAGACGCGAGCUGACUCCAUAACUAAAAAAAUGAAGCAUUAUGUCAGAACUACUCCUCUAUAAGUGUGAUGUCACAACAUCUUCAUCCUUGUUCUGUGUCCUGAAAGCAGUACCAGACAAACGCAAUUCAUGAUGCACUGGAUAAUCUCUAGGUAUUAUGAGCCUGGACAUGCAUAUUUUUGUACAAGACACAGUUACAGACUGGGCUGGCAAAACCAUUAGGCAAACAAGGCAUUGACUGCCCCUGUCUUGAGCCGCAGCAAUGGAAGAGCGACCAUUGAGACCGCCCCCCCCCCCCCAAACGCCGGCCCGGUCCUCAAUGUGCCCAAAGGUGCGGGCGCCGAGAAGAGCCCUGUCACAGGGGGGCCAGGAGUUGGCCAUCUUGCCACCUCAGGGCGCCCCUGAAGCAGUUGAUGGCAGUUGCCUGCUCUGCCAACAAAUGCCAGUGACCUGAGGAGAGGGGGACUGACCUGAGGAGAGGGACAGAGAAGGCAGGCUGUUCUUAUUCUCCCGGGAUUUUUUCUGGCUGGCUUAUUCUCCCGGGAUUUUUUCUCUUAACUCAAAGAGGAAGCCGACCUGAUUGGGUUAAGGAUAGAUCAAUUGAUUCUCCUUUGUCUGGUACUGUUUAAUAAUCUCUUCUAGGUCCACCAAACAGCACACUAUUUCACUUUUUAUUUAUUUCACGCUGUAAAGAACGCUGGUAUCUCAAAUACCCAUUCUUUUGCAUACUCCCAAACCGGGAUGGGACUUUGUGAUUAUAGCCCUGAUAUCCAGGAUUUUCGUUAUCAAAAUCCUAGCGAGCAGAGACGAGAAACACCGCAACACAGCAAUUGGAUACCAAAGCGUCAGUCGUGACUAGAUGAAGGGUACAAUAGAAACGUUUUAUCCGGCCAGAUGGCUGGCUUUUAUGCAAGUCAAGGUACAUACAACACGCCCACGUGAAAACCUGAGUCACCGUGACUCAGCAGAAAAUACAGAAAUAUGAAAUCCAUAACAACCCCCACAUAUAUGUCCAGAUAGCUGGCUCCAGAGCGCCCCAGCAUGGCAAAAUAGCGCUCUGAUCCCACGUUCCCAGCGGAAACGCCUCAGAGGUAAAGAUUCGACCGACCACGAACAAGGUGAAUGCCCACAAUAGUUCCACACGUUCGUUGGUCGCGGUCGGUCAGUUCGAAAGUCUCCAAAAUCGUCCCAAAACGGUCAACUGUCUUUGGGUCUCAGCAGUAGUGUUGAUUUACUGGUGUAACAGGAGUAGCCACACCAAAUAGCGCUCUCCUGGUGAAUGGGGAAAAAUGGAAUAGACGUCAUCGGAAGAGGCCCUGUGGAAUCGUGUGGUCGAGUGGCCAGUCUAGGAUACCAGACACUCAAUGACAAAGUCCCGCUGUCUGUGUUCUGGGGUCAAGAUGGCCGCUGUUUCCUCCAACACAUGGCGAGCAAGUAUCCGAAUGUCAGGUAUAUAGCAGGGCCCUUUAGAACUCUGUUUUCUCUCCGAAAUAAUUGCUGAAUGCAGACCUGAAAUAAAUACCCCAAAUAUGUGGUUUCAUCACACACGCCUCUUAAUUUGGUUGCAAUAUAUUGAGUACUCUGGACCUGUGAGUGGUGUAGGUCCACUUACACUCGGUGACUCUCGAAACUGAGACAACUUGCUAGUGUCAUGCUGAGGCAAGGUGUAAGAAAAACAGGAUGGUCCAAGCACUUUAGGUGUGUAUAUCAGGCAGGUUUAUUGAGGAUCACAAUGAUGUCUCGGUCUCCACUGAGGACUUUGUCAAACUUUAUAAAGAUUUCCAUGGAGAUCAGAACAUUGCUGUGUUCUCCAAUAACUUGCUUGAUACAUACCUUGAGUGCAUGGACCAUUCUGUUUUCCUAUUACUUUACUGAAGUUUAGCCAACCCCAGGUCCUUGAAUGUGGAGGGAGUGUGAGAGACCUCUUGAUUCUACAAUACUUGACUUGGUGUCACAAAGCAUGGGUAAACACAGCCUGCAAUCUAUACACUAACCCACCUUGUACUGCUGCCACACUGCACUGCUUGGUAGGAAAUUUGAGAUUUUAGAAAACUACUGACCUUUUUAGUGGUAGAAUAAUUAAUAACUCAUCAUGUGUGUGACCAAUUGCACUUCGCCACUGGGAUUUGGAGAGGCCUGCUUACCAACCUCUUGACCUAUGACUAUGGCCCCUGGGGUUUAUUGCCUUUUAAAAACUACAUUUGUGCAUAUUGGAUUCUAAAGUACUGUCUAUUGGAAGGGAUUUGCACUUUGCAUACGAACACAUGGUGGCGGCCAUUUUAAUUCAACCAAACGCGUUCAGCGGUGUUUGGUCGUCGAGUUCAUGGAACUCAAAUCGGAUAUGCGAACGAACACCGCUGAACUUUACCUUCUCCAGUGUGCAACACUUUGAUGGAAAUCGAAGUGCGUUCGACAAUUCGAACGCCACUUUAACUUUGAGUAUUUUCACGAACGGCCCCCGUUCGUGCAUUUGAACGGAACUUAGUAUUUGAACUAUUGGAAAUAGACCGGCCGCACUGCCAAAUUCUCUGGAACUUUUUUGAGCGUGAAAAUGUGCAUGCGGUCGGUCAAUUAUGACUUCCAGAAAACUUUUGAACCCCUGAUCUGAUCUGGGUGAUUUUUGGAUAUGUUGUUCACCCAGAUCAGGGCUAUCCAGAGAUGUAUAAUUUGGGGAUAUGUGGUGUUUUGGGGGGUGUUUUCUGUGUUUGGGGUAAAAAUUGAUAUGUUCUGCCUUUGGAUAAUUAAGUUAUUCCAUUAGCUAGCUUAAUUAUAUCACAGGCAGAGGGGAGGGCUUGCUGACUGUAUGUGGGAGUGUUACUGUGUUAAUUAUUGUUCCCAUUGGUUUGUGUGCCUUUUGUCCCUGUGUACCAUCAGGUCCAGGGGGUGUGCCUCUGGCCUGAAAAUCUGUAUAAAAGAAAUGCCUCUGUGCUCAAUAAACCAGUCCGUCUUACCUUCAACUUGUAGCCUUGUCUCGUGUUGUAGGGAACGGCUAUAACUGCUAUAUCACUGCUAGCUCUUGUAAGAGCUCUCUUAAGCUAUACUCUCCUGGAGGAGAGGUCCUUCCUAUACGGUCCUGGACCCCAGAGGGAGUACCAGGGUGGGAAGGAGACCGCGAGACCCAAACCUAGCUACAGCGGUUUGUGGAGUCUGCGGUAGCUAUGGUGUCCGAUGUGGUGCUGAUGGUCCUUGGUAAGCGCUAGGAGCAUCGAUUGACAGACAGUCCGUCACAAUGUGCCAUAACCUGCUGUCAGAUUUCUCCUUUCAUUGCCAUGUUACUUUUGUUCUUAAGGUGGAGUCUUUGACCACCUGGCCUAAAGGGAUACUCGAAGCACCAAAACACCUUUAGCUUAAUGAAGCAGUUUUGGUGUGUUGAUCAUGACCCUGCAGCCUCACUGCUCAAUCCUCUGCCAUUUAGGAGUUCAAGAGACACUCCAGACACCUAUAGCAAAUCCGCUUGAUGAAAACCUGUGUGAAAAGUGUGUUCCAUUUUUUUAUUUUGCAAAUAGUGCAGAAUACCAUAGACAGUUACACUUUUAUAAAUGAACCUGGUUACACCCCUCCAGCUGUAUGACAGCCAGUCCUGUUACUUCUCCUACAGAGCGCCACAAUUGUGGAAUGACCUCCCGCACAAUUUCAAAUCUUCCCCAAGCCUAAAGUCCUUUAAGAGAUCCCUCUCUACAUACCUCAAUACAGAAUGCACCUGUCAUGGUUGAUUAUAUAUUUCCAGCCUGUUCUAUGUUAAAUUUUGUAUAUAUUGUGUAUUAAUAUUGUUUUUGUAUUUUAUUGUAUCAAUGCAAUGAUUUGUGGACCCAGGACAUACUUGAAAACGAGAGAAAUCUCAAUGUAUUUUCCUGGUAAUUUAUUUUAUAAAUAAAUACUUCCUGAUUUGUUUGGCUCAGUGGAGAUAAACUCAAGAGACCGCAAUUGCCCAGAGCACCUGCCUUGCAAAGACUUCUCAUUGAGCUGGAUUGGACAGCCGCAGAAAGUCUGAGCGGGGUUAGAAGGGGACGGGUUGUAAAGGCUGCAGAUGAGAGUCCUACAGUAGGGGUGCCCAAAAGGUAAAUCCCCAGAUUUUUUUUAAAACACCUUGUCGUUCUUAAAGCACUCUAAAGGCACGCAAAGCAUCAUGGGAGUUGUAGUUCUAAUACAUCUGGGGAUCUACCUUUUGGGAACCCCUGACAUACAGCUUUGCAAGACAUACCCACAGUGAACUUUAAUCACACACUGGAGGCGCUUGCAAGCUAUUAACAUAGCAGGAGAUAAGAAACUAUAAAUUAAACAAACUGCAAUAAAGGAAGUGUAAACAUUAGAUGACUUUACAGGAAGUGUUUAGGAAGACUGUGCAAGUCACAUGCAGGGAGGUGUGGCUAGGGCUAAAUAAACAGUAACUCAACUCCUCGAUGGCAAAAAAUUGAGCAGUGAGACAGCAGGAGCAUGAUCCUUACACCAAAACUGCUACAUUAAGAUGAAGUUGGUUUGCUGGCUAUUGUGUCAGUUUAAGUCAAUGAUUUGUUUAGACUGAGUGUUACUGCUGUGCACAGUCUAGAGACCCAUUGCAGUGUCCAGUCUGACUGCACCCAUGGAAGCUGCACAUUCCUUACUUUAUUCUUACUGCUCAUGGCUUGGCGGCAUACCAAUCUAUAACACAGCUAUCCGGGUAUCUAUAAGACUGGCGGUGUACAAACCUAUGGAGAUCUCUCUCCUUCCUCACAGGUCCUACACUACUAGCCAAGGAUCCUUAUAUGGGUUCCACAAUAUUCCAUAUUAAUAGCAAACCGACAUGUCAAUGUUUCGGACCUCCAGAGGAUCACCGUCCCUCAGGGUAUCGAGGGUGCUGCAGAUCACCAACUGCAAAGCUCACACAAGUUAUACAGGAGUUAAAAUAGGGGAUGUAGUUACUGUAUGUUAUGUAUUGUAUGUGUAUUAACACCUAUUAAUAUCCGUUUUAAUAUAGAGUGCUGUGUGUGUGUGUAUAUAAUGUGUGUGUUGUAGUGUUGCUUUAUCUGUGAGUGUAGCAGCACUGCCAGGCUACAUAUGGUUACUGUUUCUGCUCCCAGUGGUACGCAUGCUGCCCCCUUUACCUGCAUGGCUCUGUGCAGGUCAUGUUCUCAUCAUGCUCACUAUAUUUUAGUCCGGCUGAGAGUUAGGAGAGAUACGGUCUGCAUGUAUGUAAGGCGCUGUGGCUUGCAUGCCCCGUAAUCUCGGCCAGACUGUAGCAAGAAGUGUGUCCAGAAACCUUUCUGGUGCUAAGGUCAGCCGUAAUGAAUGUUUGGGUGGAUUUGUGGCAACACGAAAUGAACCAAUUAGCAUUAUUAUUAUUAUUAUUAUUAGCAGCAAAUUACAGUGCCGCCAUUAUUUGUAGACUAGAUGUAUAUUGACUACAUUUCCCAUAAUGCUAAGCCAGCCCAUGAUUCAGUUCACUUUAUUAUGUUUUAUGUAGUUAGUAAGUGUGUUACGAGAAAAGACACAUUGCAAUUUCCCAUGUCUGGAUUUCAUUUUUCCCAUAUAAACGAAUACUACAAAAGAGUGCGUAAUAUUUUAUAAUACACCGUUUUACAAAGACCUAUUAUGUGAAUAAGAAAUGCUGUGCGCGCCAUUGUUAAGCAUGUGUCCAUGUGCAAAUAUUUAUCUGUGCAAUGAUGCAUUUAGAGCUUUAAGAAUAAUCUUGUUGUCCAUUUUAGCAAAAAGGUCACAUUUUGGUCCCGGAGUUGGGAUUUAAUCUCUGAACAUUUUUGCUUUGAAGACGGCAGGGUUUUUUCGAAGCUGAUGUUUAAAACCGUUGGAGGGGUUCUGAAUUUCCCAGAGGUCAGGAGCUAAUAGUGUUAUUCUAGUAGGAGCUAGGAUAAAACAUUAACAGUUCAUUGUUACGUGGACCCCUGGAAAAAGCAGGGUUUGUUUUAAAUGGUGUAAAUAUAAACCAGAUGUUUAUAAACUAUUUUCCUGGUAAUUGCUUGGCCAAUCAAAGAACAUGGCACGGUGCAGUGAUCUUAAAAUGACAUUUUCGAUUAAUUUCACCAUGGAGCGCUCUGGAAGGAUUCCCUCGGCUAUCCACCCAUGUCUACUGGGUUCCACUUUGAUCAUGAGUUCGUCCUCCGCUAUGUAGCAGUUCAGAGUGCGAAGCAUCACAUCAAACAGUUGAUCAGGACAGAGGGCUUCCUAAGACAUGCAGAUCCGAGGCAUAAUCACUUAAAGAUGUUCAGGAUAGGUGUAUAUGCUUCCAUAGAGAGCUGUAGGGGCUGGUCUCUGGUCAGUGGUAAAUAAGUGAAGUCGGGUGCCAGAGAGUCUAGACACGGUGAUUUUAGUACGGGCUGUGUGCUAUCCGAUACUCUAUAUGGGACUUGUCUGAGUAAGACCUUGCUUACCUCUUCAGAAUGCCUGCAGCCUUUCUAAAUGCCGUCCUGCUAAAUCAGUAAAAGAUGACAAUGGGCACUGUUCAAGCAGGACAAAUUCAAUGUUAAUAUUUCCCACCGGGGCGCAAUUAUGCGUGCUUUUGAAGUGCCACGGGUUUCAAUCAUAUUAAAUCAAAUUGCAUAAUGAGCCGCGCAGAGCCCCAGUGUAACACGUUAAAGCAAACAGACUGGAGAAGGGAGGUUGCCCACGCUAAUUGAAUCUGAAGUAGGUUUCCUUUUUAAUUUUAAAUACACGGACCUUGUACGCAGACCUGUCAGUCAAUACUUUCGUUAAUUACGCCGUUCCCCACCAGAUCGGCCACUAACACGCUGCACUCUGACGAACCACGUUGACACACAAAAUUAAUUCAUUUCUUUAUGUUUUGGGUCUUUUUUUUUUUUUUUUUUUUUUUGCAUGAACAGAAGUUUUACAAAUGAAACACAUUUUGGGAUUUUACAAAUGAAACCAAUGUGGAACAUCUGUUGAUUCUGUAGAUAUUUGGGGCUAUUUAAUUCUUACCGUAACAUGCCUGAUUAACCGAAUAAAAUGAAAAUAGCUUUUGAAUUGUUGUUUUCAUUGAGAGUUCUGAUUCCUCUCAAUCACAGGUUUAUUCGGCACACUAAACGUUAACUCACAGAAGCAGGAAGCCAUCAGUUCUUAGCUGGAGGACCAUAAGUGGAUUAGUGAAGCCUUUUAUAUACAAAACAUACAUUAAUCCUCUCCAUGUGCUGCUUUAGGUCAGAAUCUGAGAGCAACCUCAUUCAUCACUCUUUAGUCAAUUAUUCAUCAAUCAUGGCUAGAAAUAACACUGGCUAAGAGGAGAAUCCAUCACAUAUAAUGGAUAUAUAAAAUGAAUGUGUUCAGUGAGUGAGUCCGUACUAGACGUGAUAUCUGUUUGGAAGUAGCCAGUGUCCAAGCUUUCCCCUUCGCCAUGUCAUUUUGUAUUUGCAUGGAUUAAGAUAAUUUGGGAUUUAUUAUAUGAGCUCCCGAUGGGCAGAAUGGUGAUGUCCACGUUGGUCAGAUAGUGAGCACUUGGUACGGACUUUAGCUUAUGUCAACGUAGAAGGCUGUAAUUAAAUACAAGGACAAACGACAACAAAAUGCGUCCAGGCUUUGUCUACAUGUGGUGCAGUUUUUACAAUCUGAUUCUAUGUCCCAUGGGGAGUACUGCUUUCAUUGUAGCCAUUGAAGUAGCUCUCUAUAGGGAAACAUGGUUUGUGUGUGUGCGUGUGGACGUGAUAAAAUAAAUUGGGUAAUAUUCACUAAACACCAAACUACAGUUUAAUAACCUACGGCUGUCACAGUUUGCAUGGUUCAACCAAACGGUAACCCAUUAAUCAAAAAUGCCUAAAUCUGUUAUUUCAACCAAAUGAGUUCCUAUUAAUUUGUAGUUUGUUUGAAAUUGGCCCAAUCUCCGCUGAUCCGACUAAUCACAAACUGUCCGAGAGAAGCCAAUUUUGCAUUAUUUGGUUAAUACAAUUGCCUUUAUAUAGAGCAGAAGAGUUAGUAUUUCUGGAGCGGUGAGCUUUCUAACCCUGCUUACUACUGCAUGUUAUCUAAGCAAUAUAGGCCAGUUAACGGUUACCCCUCCAUCAAAAUGUUUUAAAGCCCAUAGACUCCAGAUGGCUGUGUCCCAAAAGGUGUCGGGGUGCUAGGACUAUUCACGAACGUGUUCAUUGUCAGAAAUCCAAAAUAAUUUAAAAGGUUUUAGACCAAAAUUGGAACCAGAGCUAACUCUGAUCAUUUCUACUAACUUGGCUGUUUGGGCAUAAAGACUCCAUGUUAAUAAUUAUCAAUAAGCUUCUUAUUAUAUUAUAUAUACAAUAUAUUUUUUAGAUUGUACUAGUCUGCGAAAAUAUACAUUUUAAAGAUUAUUAAAUACAAUUUUCACUUUAAUUGCUGAUUCCUCAAACGUUUUAAUAAUGUUUUUGUUGUUGUUUUCCCCUUUCGGGUACCCCGUUUCCCGAUAAUUAGCCCUAGCUUAUUUUCAGGGGAUGUUUGUAAUAAGAGCCCUAUCCUGAGAAUAAGCCCUAGCUGCUAGUUCGCUAACCUGUAAACAUAGAUUAGUGGGAUUCCAUGCGCUACUGAACUGCUACUGAACUCCCGAACGUAGACCUUUCUAGCACAUGCUUGCUACCCUUUUUCCCCGAAAUAAGACCUCCCCCGAAAAUAAGUGCGUUUUUCGGGGGAGGUGGGGAGGCGGAAUUAAUAUAAGACCCAGACUUAUUUUGGGGGAAAGACGGUACUAUACAUUUUCUAUUGUUUAACCAUUUGUCGAAUGUUACAAGUUUCUGAUCACAUUCGUAUUUUCAAUACAUUAACGAAGGUUUCUGAUGAGUGUUUUCUGGUUUUUGUUUUCAGUUAAUGAAGAUGUUGUUUGAAUCUUCUGACGAGCGCAUUGAUCUUGAGUUAAUAUCUUUCUGUAUAAAUCUGGCAGCAAAUAAGCGGAACGCCCAGCUGAUCUGUGAAGGUAAGAAUUUGGAGACUGUGUCGCCCUGUGUCCAUUGUGGGUGCAGGGAGUGUGUAUUGGGCUUGUUUGGGAUUACAUGUUUUGUGUGCUCUCCUGUCCAACCAGAUAGAUUAGGCUGUACAGCGCCAUAUGUUGGUUGUUAGAAUUUUUAAACUUCUACCGGAAUAGCUCAGUUUGCUAAUUUGCAUUUUCGGGGAGAUAUUUCUUGUUCGUUGUCUUCCCCACCCUUUUAUAAAGAUGUUAAUGCAUUAUUAUGAGUUCCUGUAUGUUUCCCCAUAUGAUUUGGUUAUUUGUAUUUUAUUGAGUUUGUCACAGUAAGUUUAAUAAAAGUCCUAAGAAAAAAUAAGGCUUUGUAUGUUGGUUCCUUUUGGGACUCGAUUUGUUUGUGGAUCCCAGUAAGUCUUUGAACCUGUUGGCUCACUGCUUGGUCCCUGGAUGCUGGGACAAGUGGAAAGAGCUAGGCCUGAGAGCCACAAGUGCCUUUUAAAGACAGUAGCUGGUCACAGUACAGGCAGUGGUGUGGAUACCUGCCUGGGAAAGGAGCUGAAAAGGAACGAUAUCUGCCUGGAAGGAGAGAGCUGCCGCUUGGUCGGGUGGAAAGGUUCCUGAGAGACAUCAAUCCAGCUUUGGCAAGUGGGACUGAAGAGUUUCAGGGUUCCUGAAGUGGCUAAGAAGUGCACUGGGUCCAGGUUCUCGGUCUGAUCAUGGGAGCCCGUCACAAAGACGGCAAGAAUUGAAACAUUGGUAGGUGGAUUAAACAGCCGUCGUAUCUUGUUGCUUGCUCUAGUGUAGGGAUAGGAAAUCUUCAGCACUCCCAAGUGUUUCAAAAUGUAAAAAUCCAGCAAUAUGGAAGAUUUGUAGACCUUCUGCUAUUCAGGAUGGGCAGAACCUACUGUGGUAAUGAGGACGUCUACAUUUUAGAGAGAGGGCAGCUUCUGGGCAUCAAGGAAAGAUGCCCAGAAGCUGUGGACUACUUCUCCCAUCAUGCUUUGCCAUCAUUAUGACUGUAAGAGCAUUAUGGGAGAUGUAGUCCACAACAAGUUGGCCUCUGCCUUGCUAUACUUCAUAUAAAUUCCAGAGUAUGUACCUUGUAAAUUCAGGGGUCCCAAUGUACUUUCUCCUUACUUUUAUCGGACCUUGACAGUCUGAAAAUAGAGCGGUAUGCCCAUACCAGUUAUUCCUCCUUGUAUCCUGGCCAAUCAGUGUUGUUAUCAUAGGAAGAUUAAACAUAGGGUGGAAGCCACUUCGUGCCCUGUGGUUUGAGAAAACAUGGCCAAACAUCUCAAUGUUUGAGUGAAGGAAAUGAUAACAGACAUAGAGCACUGUGGGAUCUUUACGGGGAACUUAUCACCAGAACCAUUGUAGUUAGAUUUUAUGCAUAUAGCAUGUCUCUACAGGGUCUGCAGCUUAAAUGCUGCCUGUUCUGAUUAAACACAAUAUUUACAUGUGUCCUUAAGCAGCCAGUAGAGUCACUUCCUAUUACAGUGCUGCAAUCCUUACAGGACCUGCAUUCGGCGUCUUUACACUCGGCAUGAAGUUAUCAAACGCUCAACAUUUCAUUGAUCGAAGACAUCUUUAUUGGGUGAUGCUGAUUGGCACAGCACACUAUGGGGAAGCGUCGGAUUGGCUAAGAAUAUAUUCACUAUUAAUCUCUGGGCCAGUGUGGUGGCCACAUGGAGAUUGGCACCAUGGGACUACAGGUUCAAGUUAAUGUUUUAAUUCAUUUUUUGAGAGGGAAUGGGGGCUAAUAUCAGGAUCGGGUGGUCUGAAAAAUGUAAAUCUUUUUGUCUUUUGUUUUCCCCGGUUUGUUCCUUGUGCAAUAAAUCUUUUUCUUUUGGAUUCGGAGCGCUUGCAUUUCCUGACAUUAUUUUUUUGUGUUUUCUUUGCAUGAAUAUAUAGCAAUGUUGUUGGUGUUCCUUCAAUCCAGGUUUGGUUGUAGAACUUGUUUCUUUGAUGUUUCGAAUGCCUUGUACCUCGAUAUCAGUGGAGGAAUAUGAUGUCUGGUUACAUUUCUACACUUCUUUCUGUAGGAAACGGGCUGAAGAUGUUGAUGAAGAAAGCUUUGAAAUUUAAGGACCCUUUGCUUAUGAAGAUGAUUCGGAAUAUUUCGCAGCACGAAGGGCAAACCAAAAAUGUAUUCAUAGUAAGUCAUUUCUUUUCAUUUUCUCAAUCAUUUGGUAUUAUGGAAGAGCUGGAUGGUGGUAUCACACAAUCAUUUCGUCAACAUGUGCAUCUACGUAAAACAAAUGCUUCCUGUGAAUUUCGACUUGUGGUCAAAUGUAUCUGAUGUUUUGUACUUCCUUCUCUCACCAAUGUUGGUUUGAAACUUACCCGAUAUAUGUAUAUAUAGUAUUACAGUUACAGUGUUAAUAAUGUGGUAACAUUAAAGAAAAGAAUAGUUGAGUGGACCAGUGUAUCAAAAAGUGACUAUUUAGGUGAUAAACCCUAAAUAUAUAUGAAAUAGUCACUUUUUGAUACACUGCUUCACUCUCAACUAUUCUUUUCUUUAAUGUAUAUUAUGUGUGUUUAAGGGCAUCACAUUUAGAUUGUCCAGCAGUAAUAUAUAAAAUAUCAUACCAACUCUAAAUAGCUUUUUAAAUUUCCUUUUUUGAAAGAGCACUCCAAAAACUGUUAUCUUACUUAACGUGGUAACAUUGUCUGAAGCACUGUACAAGUGGCAUGGAGAAUGGAUCGAAGAUGGUACAAUACAUAAUUAGACAUACUGGUCCAAAAAUGAUGGAAAAAUCUUUUAUUACAAGUGUAAAGCGAGAUGGCCCAUGAACUUACAAUCUAAAAGGUAGCAUGGAUUACUUAAAAUAUACAAGACGCUAAAGGUUGGGGGCAGAUUCAAACUACCAGUGAUCCUCCUAGAGGGGUUUCCUCCUUCAUCCAAAACUGCUUGUAUCCACAAAUCGAUCUGUUACGAGGUAGAUCUCCAAGCUAUGGCAGUCACGCAGUCAGAAUGCUAGUUAAAGAAUUUACAUAGUCGUAGUUUAAUGGUACCCAAAGGCGAACAUCAUUCUAAAACUGUUUCAUUCUUCCUCCAUCUGACCAUGGGUGGACCUACGGUUAUCCAGUAUUGUCACUUCCCCCAGCCGUCCCUACCAACGGCUGUGGGAAUAAGGCAUUGUUUAACUCAUUGAAAUUAAACAAAAAAUGGUUUGCCAUCAACUGUCUAGGACUACGUUGGAGAUUUGGCCGCGCAGAUUACAAACCAUGAGGAGGAAGAAUUUGUGAUAGAAUGCCUUGGCACACUGGCUAAUCUCACCAUCGGCGAUCUAGAUUGGGAGCUAGUACUGAAAGAAUACCGUCUUGUUCCCUAUCUGAAGGACAAACUUAAACCAGGUACUCUUAUCUUCCUUUACUAGAUUUAGUCCCCAGACAUUGCCACCCAUCUGAAUGGGUGGAUUAUUACUAACCAGUGUAUGGGUGGAUUUAGAGAGAUUGAACAGAAAGUGUCUCUCCUCGAUACUCUGUAACUGCCUAUUCUCUAUCCGUAAUGAGAAUUGCAAAUUUAAAUUUCCGCAUUACCACAAUUGUUUCCACCCAUCAUGAAUAGCAGUGGAGUUAUGAUGAAAUGCUUUGCUAACCCACCCCUGGCACACUCAGCCUUUCCUGUGUCAUCCAUGUUGGACAAAAAUGAUAGCGUUAAUGUGGAAGCGUAAAUCAAGUCAACUAGAGAGGUCUGCGGGUGCUGCUAAAGCACUGUUUGUUAGCAAAUGGUUUGACAAGAGUAAGGGCCAAUAGCAUUAUAACCACUACGCAGUGCUGUAAUAAUUCACUUAGCUAACAAAAGGAAUGCUUUAUUUAAAAAAGUCAUCUUACAGGUGUUUCAAAAUGUAAAAAUCCAGCAAUAUGGAAGAUUUGUAGACCACCUGCUAUUCAGGAUGGGCAAAACCUAUCGUGGUAAUGAGGAAGGUCUACAUUUUCAGAUAGGGGGCAGCUUCAGGGCAUCAAGGAAAGACACUGUCUGUUGGAUGGCAUCUGCAGAUCGGAAACGAUUUUCCAUUAAUUCUGCGCAGUGCUUAAGACGAAUAGAACAUGUGAUAUAUUGAAACUAGAAAAAUAUUGUAUCGAACAAAUAUUUAAACUAAAUACUUCCGAUCCCAACGUAUGUAAUUUCAUGAAAUAUUUGGGGAAAGUACAAAGCAUUAAAAUGAGAAUGAAUAAACUUGAAUAAUCUUUAUGAAGUACAGAAUAGGCCUGCAUCCCUUUUAAUCUACUAUUAGCCAUAUUUUCCAAUGAUUAUUCUUAUUAAGGGAAAGCAGCUGGAACUACCAUAACUUAAUGAAGUGGUUUUGGUGCAUAGCCACUUUCUCAUUUCUCAGACAUUGUAAGACAUUGAUGUUUCUGAGAAAUGGUGAAAGCGUUCUUCUAGUGGUUGUCAUACAGCCAGUCCCUGGACGCUUCCUAAUGUAAUAAUUCCUAGUUUCAUAUUCGGAGAUCUUUCCAUUUGUCAUCAGACACAGCUUGUUUACUCCGAGCGUGGCUAGUUAGAUUCAUCAGGGGAGGAUCUGGCUGGAUCUUGGUUUAAACCGUUUUAUUGCUUUCUGAUGCAGGGUCGGCCGAGGAUGAUUUGGUGUUGGAAGUGGUCAUCAUGAUUGGGACAGUGUCCAUGGACGACUCCUGCGCUGCAUUGUUGGCCAAGUCGGGCAUCAUUCCAGCACUCAUUGAGCUUCUGAAUGGUAACUACAACCUGCUGAUACGGGCACGGCUGUCUGUGCUUUGUAAGAAAUUCUGAUCAUUAAAGAGCCAUACGAAGCACCAUAACCACUACAGCUGAGUGUAGAGGUUGCGAUCCUGCUGUAGGGUUAGAGGCCGUGUUCCCUUAGCCCGAUGUUUGGCACAUAAUCCUCAUUGUGUGAUUAAAAUGCAGAGAAAGUAUGAAUUUGAUUUGCGUAACGUUCUCAUUUCAGCUCAGCAAGAAGAUGAUGAAUUUGUGUGUCAGAUUGUAUAUGUCUUCUAUCAAAUGGUUUUUCACCAAGCCACCAGAGACGUCAUCAUAAAGGAAACCCGUAUCCUUUUAUCGCUAGAAUGUAAGCUCCUGGAGCAGGGCCCUCCACCCCUCUGUUCCUGUACGUCCUGUACGUCCAGUUUUCUGGUUACAAUUACAUGUCUGUUAGUCCACCCAUUGUACAGCCAUUGUACAGCGUUAGGGAGUCUGAUGGCGCUAUAUAAAUAAUUAAUAUUAUGGCGCCCCCACACUGGACUUCUAAUAUCGUGAUACUCUGGCAGUGUUAGAGGGACACUAUAAACACCAAAACCACUUUAUCUUAAUGGCGCAGUAUUGGUGUACAGAUCAUGCCCCGGCAGUCUCGCUGCCCAAUUCUCUAUUUGUACUUAGACUGUCCCUUUAAGACUGUAAACCCAUCACAGAAGUUCUCCGGCAGGUGGUGUAACCAACAACAAAGAAAUCCCCCCAUGGUUUUGAUUCCCUCUCACCUGGUUUUGGUUCCUUCAGCCCCAGUUGCGUACCUUCCUCCCUUGUUUUGGUUCCUCCCCCCUGCUUUUGGUUUUCCCCCCUUCCCCCCAACGCCCUGCUUUUGGUUCCCCUCCCACCCCCACCCCAAGCGCCCUGCUUUUGGUUCCCCUCUAUGCCCUGCUUUUGGUUAAGCCCCACCCUGCUUUUGGUUUCCCCUCUCCCCGCCCUGCUUUUGGUUAACCCCUUCAUGCCUGCUUUUGGUCGUUCCCCCACCCCAUGCCCUGCUUUCAGUUUCUCCUCCCCCAUACCCUGCUUUCGGUUCUACCCCACCCCAACCCAUGCCCCUUUCGGUUUCCUCUCCCCCCCACACCCUGCUCAGUCCCCAUGCCCUGCUUUUCAGUUUUCCCCCUACUACCCCCUGCUUUCAGUCCGUCUCUCCCCACCUCUCCCACUUUCGGUUUUUCCCUCUGUCUGUUAGAAAUGUUGCACUGAGAGAACAUGCAGUGUUUGACGGGGAGCCAAGAUGGGGGUGCACACUUAGGAUAGCGUUAAAUGCAGGGGUGUGAAUACCUAUAUUGACUUUGUCUUUGAGCCCGCACAAACACAUGUUAAAUAUAGGGAUAAGUAAACGGAAUAUUCCAACUCCUCGGAUAUGACCGUCCCCUCUAGUUUGACUGUUUAUUUUUUCUCGUACACACGCUAUUUAUCUCUGUAAAUCCGGUCUGCUACUAGAAUGAGCAGUGAAAUAUCACGGUUAAUCACUGGGUUAGUUCUUCAACGUACACUUUGGAAAGCGCAGACUGUGCAGAAAUAGAAUGUUUAAUAAUAAUAAUGACUUAUUUAUUGAUCCCUGCCACUCGGUCAGUGCAGAAUUAUAUAUUUUUUACAUGUUUUUGGUAAAGUGCUCCCUUUCAGAACUCUGGGCUAAAACCUUUAUUUAGUCUAAUUUGGAGUGAUAAAAGGUCUGAGUCCCCUGCUUUUCGUCCGUCCUGUCUGGGUCAGGAAACGUAAAUUGGGUGAGUUCCUGCGUUGGGGAUUAAAUGACAUUUCAGGGAAAUUACUUGUCAUGUUUAAAUCACAGCUUUUCAGGUCUCUCUAAAGAGCAGGGAACAAAGCGGCUUGCUCGGCUGCCUUAUGUCAGCGGAACGUUCUGCCAAGUCUUGAUGGCCUCACGUUUUUGUCAAACACACAUUCAGAUGGCAAAGGACACAAUUAGUCUAUUCUUUUCUCUUGUCCUUUAUCUCAAACAUGGCUUUAGUUUUAGCUUUACAAUAAACAGGGUUCAGCUUUUCAGUUCCGAAGACCUGCAGAUACCGAUCGUUUGUAUUAAACUAAUUGGGAUAUUAUCACCAGCAGUCUUUGAGGCUGUCCGACACGUACAACAGUUAAAGGGGGACACACUAGAACCCGAGAGCAGUUUGUCUUGAACAUACAUGUGUGAAGACUGUGUCCUCCUUUUGUGUAAAAAAUAAAUUAAUAAAAUACAUAUUUCAAUAGAUUUAAAUUGUCACUUUUAUAAAUGAACCUGGUUACACCCCCCAGGCUGUCAAUCAGAUAACCACUCCUGUUACUUCCUGGUUUGUUUAGCUCAGUGAAGCAAACCUUAAGAGGCAGCAUUUGCUUAGAGCUCCUGCCUUGCAAAGACUUCUCAUUGAGCUGCAUUGGGAAGUCUGUGAUUGGACAGCCACAGAAAGUCUGGGCGGGGUUAGAAGGGGAGGGCUUGCAAAGGCUGCAGACAAUGCUACAGCUUUUACAUGUUAUUUUUUUAUAUAAAACAAUGGGAAAAUGCAUAAUUAAAUGCAUGCUUGUUGUUAUUGGGGGGUAUAUAUUAAACAGUGACAUUUAUUUUGUGUUUGGGCAGUAGUGUCCCUUUAAAGGAAAAUUGUCAUAUUUUCAAUAUUACAGUAAAAUAGUGUCUUUAUUGUAGCCUCUGCGUUUGUUAUGUUGCAUACAUCAUGUAAACAAAUUAUCCGUCUCCAAAUAUAUAUGUGCCCAUGUGGGCGGCCAUCUUGAAUUCCCCUUUAGUAGGAAGUACAUGUGUAGGCGUGUAUAUAGAUGGAUUUUCAUGUGAAGUGAUGCGCUAAUUGAGUACCUUUAAUAUUUUUUUAAUAUUGAUUACACUAUCCAUUAAAUACCUUUUUGCUUUUUUUUGAGCAACAAUUUGGAGUGCGGUAUCAUUCUCUUUUUUUUGUAUAAGUGGGCAAAGAUAGCUGGUCUGACAAAAUUCACAAACUCUGCCACUGUCACAGCAUUUUACCCUGAAUUUACCCUUUUAGUCAAAAAUGUAUAUUAAAAAAAUCUGUUAAAUCUGAUCAUGCAAAGCAUGCUUUCAAACAGUCAAAGACUAACAAUUUAUGCGACGUUAUAACAUCAGUGUUUGGUGUAUAAGCCCCACAGUGUAUUUUGCUUGGACCUUUAUUUCUCAGCUUGGGAAUGUAGCCAGCUUGUCAUGUUUCCACCAUAAACAGACAUGCAGUUUAAUGGUCAGUGUGUCUGUCUCUCUCUCUCUCAUUACCUACAUACCUGUUCCUUUAACUAUAUUAAUGCAGAGGCGCCCGCGUACCUCAUCGACUUGAUGCAUGAUAAAAACUCCGAGAUCCGGAAAGUGUGCGAUAACACCCUUGAUAUCAUAGCGGUAAGUUCCCAUACGCACUGGGUUUAUUGCUAGACAGAUGGAACGCAUCGGAUACCCUUUCACAAAGCUUUUUCUUUUCCAUUCAUAAGGGAGCUUUAUAUUGGAUUUCCCUACACCUAUCCGCUUAGAUCUCUAAUGUGUUGCAUAUCCCUUCGCCGUUGAGGUGUUAUUGUAGACACUUGAAAUACGAAGUAAUGCCCCAGAUAGGAAAUGAAUCUCGCAGCAAUGCUAUUUCAACUCUGCCUCUGUCCACCCAUCUGGCUUCCUUCACAAUCACAUAUUAGCAAACGGAUUUAUAUCUUUUUUUUUCUUCGUGAUAGGAAUAUGACGAGGAAUGGGCAAAAAAGAUACAAAGUGAGAAAUUCCGCUGGCACAACUCGCAGUGGCUGGAGAUGGUAGAGAGCCGACAGCUGGAUGAGAGCGAGCAAUAUCUAUAUGGCGACGAACCCAUUGAACCUUUUAUCCACGAGGGCGAUAUCCUGGAACGGCCGGAUCUAUACUACACUGCAGGUACGUAGCGCAGCUGGGGUGCCGUCACUGAGCAAUAACAACGAACUGAUUUCCUUCCUGGACUGAAUGGAUUGUAAAUCAGGCACGGCAGAACUUUUCCUUCCCACCAGAACCAGGACUUUGUGCAAGUUUAGCAAAACACUUGGCAAUCCUAAUUUCUUUAUUUUUCUCCUUUUCUGGCAGAAUCAAAAAACUAUUGAUUUCUGGAAUUUAUAUCUUAAACCCCAAAAAAUGUAUUGGCUUCAGAAACUUAAAUAUUGGUUAGUAGCCUCAUUAGUUUCAGCUUAUGUUUUAAGGUUACACUAAAGACAUCAAAACACCUUUAUCUUAAUGAAACCGUUUUGGUGUAUAGAACAUGCCCCUGCAGUCUCACUGCUCAAUCCUCUGCCAUUUAGGAGUUAAAUCCCUUUCUGUUUCUGUUUAUGCAGCUCAAGCCACACCUCCCCUGGCUGUGACUGACACAGCCUGCAUGAAAACAGAAUGGUUUUCGUUUUCAUUUUCAAUCACGUUAUCUUAAUUUACUCUUAACUAUGUAAAUUAAACUGAUCACACACAGGUUGCUCAUGCCGGGCCUAGCAAGCCAUUAACAGAGCAGGAUAUAAGAUAUUCUUAAAUUCAACAAACAGUACAAUAAAUGAAGUGUAAUCAUUAGAUGACUCUUUACAGGAAGUGUUUAGGAAGGUUGCCACAUGCAGGGAGGUGUGACUAGAGCUGUAUAAAGAACUGGCAGAGAAUUGAGCAGUGAGCAGAGGUCACUUUAAAGUGACACUAAACAGCUUUAUCUUGUCGAAGCAAGUUUGGUGUAUAGAUAAUGCCUCUGCUGUCUCACUGCUCAAUUCUCUGCCAUUUAGGAGUUAAAUCACUUUGUUUAUACAGCCCUAGUCACACCUCCCUGCAUGUGACUUACACAGUCUUCCUAAACACUUCCUGUAAAGUGUCAUCUAAUGUUUAUACGUCCUUUAUUGCAAGUUCUGUUUAAUUUGAAAUUUCUUAUCUCCUGCUCUGUUAUUAGCUUGCUAGAUCCUGUAGAAGCCUCCUGUGUAUGAAUAAAGUUCAAUUUACAGAGCAGGAGGUACACUUUUAACCCUUUAAGGACACAACUUCUGGAAUAAAAGGGAAUCGUGACGGAAUAUUAAAGUAAGUUACAUCUGGUUGAAAAUGAAACCAUUUUGUUUUCAUGCAGGCUGUGUCAUUCACGGCCAGGGGAGGUGUGGCUAGGGCUGCAUGAGUGGAAACCAGUGAUUUAGCGCCUGAAUCGCAGUGAAUUGAGCAGUGACACUGCAGGGGACGUGAUAUACACACCAAAACUACUUCAUUAAGCUAAAGGUGUUUUGAUGUCCCUUAUAAAUCGUAUCAAAAUAUUGGCAGAAUUUAACCACACGUUUCAGAACAUUUUUCUAAAUAUCCCCUCAUAGAGUCUAUGGCCAUCAUGAUCUAAAGCGCUGAACCGUGGAGAACCAGGAAGGCGUAAUGUACCCAUAUUAUGUGAUAAAGAGGACCUCAUUCAUUGUCUUUCUUCCAGAAGGCCUGAUUCCAUCUGACAGAGCUGUGAGUCCAGACUUCUUCAGUGAAUACAACCUUCAGAACGGAGAUCUCAUGGGACAGCAUGCGUAUGAUAAUGGGUAAUGGUCAAUUCAGUUAUUUUCUGCUUCCCCUUCUGUUUGAAACCUUCUGUAGGAUUGUCCUUG